AUGAUUACGUUAACUGAACUCAGAUGUUUAGCAGAUGCCCAAUCAUCAUACCACAUCCUGAAACCAUGGUGGGAUGUCUUCUGCUAUUACCUCACCAUGAUAAUGCUGCUUGUUGCUGUCCUUGCUGGAGCUCUCCAACUCACUCAAACUAGAUUGUUAUGUUGUCUUCCUUGCAAGCUUGAGUUUGACAAUCAUUGUGCAGUGCCUUGGGAUCUGGUGAAAAACAACCUUAACGUAUCCUCCAGCUCUGCAGAGCCAAUAGUGCUCCCUCUUAGAAUCCAGAAUUACCUUCAUCGACAGCAGUAUUCUUACAUUGAUGCUGUGUGUUACGAGAGAGAGCUUCACUGGUUUGCCAAAUUUUUCCCAUACUUAGUGCUUCUUCAUACUUUCAUUUUUGCUGCUUGCAGUAAUUUUUGGCUUUACUAUCCCAGCACAAGUUCAAGGCUGGAACACUUUGUAGCCAUACUACACAAAUGUUUUGAUUCUCCCUGGACAACACGUGCCCUGUCGGAAACAGUUGCUGAACAGUCUGUGAGGCCUCAGCCAUUCUCCAAAUCUAAGACCUUUCUUUCCUCUCCAAGCAACAUAGCAGAAUUGGAGAACAAGCGGCAGUCUGUCUCCUACUCGCAGACUGGGCUGGAAACAGCUGGAAGAGAGAGCUCUUCAAAUGUUCUAGACAGAAAAGAAGGGGAGCAAGCAAAAUCAAUAUUUGAAAAAGUCAAAAGAUUCAGGGUGCAUGUUGAACAGAAGGAUAUCAUCUAUCGUGUGUACCUAAAACAGAUUGUGAUCAAGGUCAUUGUAUUUAUAUUAAUAAUGAUUUAUGUUCCCUAUUAUUUAACCUUUAUUACACUAGAAAUUGACUGUGUGGCUGAUAUUCAAGUCUUCACUGGCUACAAGAGAUACCAGUGUGUUUAUUCACUAGCAGAAAUUUUUAAAGUGCUAGCUUCAUUUUAUGUUGUCGUGGUGAUCUUGUAUGGCCUGACGUGCACUUACAGUUUGUUAUGGAUGCUGAGAAGUUCACUGAAACAAUAUUCUUUUGAGAAGCUGAGGGAGCAAAGUAAUUACAGUGAUAUUCCUGAUGUAAAAAAUGACUUUGCCUUCAUUCUUCACCUAGCAGACCAGUAUGAUCCUCUGUAUUCAAAACGGUUCUCAAUAUUCCUCUCUGAGGUGAGUGAAAACAAGUUGAAGCAGAUCAGUCUAAAUAACGAGUGGUCUUUAGAGAGAUUGAAAAGCAAACUGAUACGAAAUUCCCAGGAUAAGAUGGAACUUCACCUUUUUAUGCUUAGUGGUCUUCCAGAUGACAUCUUUGAACUCACAGAGAUAGAAGUUCUAACCCUAGAACUUAUUCCUGAGGUUAAGCUUCCUGCAUCUGUAAACCAGCUACCCAAUCUCAAGGAACUGAACAUUUAUCAUUCAUCAUUAACUGUGGAAUUUCCAGCACUGCACUUCUUGGAAGAGAAUUUAAAAAUCCUGCGUCUAAAGUUGGCUGAUAUGGGAAAGAUUCCACGCUGGAUCUUCUAUCUAAGAAAUUUGCAGGAAUUGUAUUUGACUGGAUGUUAUAUGCAAGAAAACCAGAAUGGUCUCUACAAUGAGGGCUUUCAGGAUCUUGUGAAUCUGAAAACAAUUCACUUAAAGAAUAGCCUUUCCCGCAUACCUCAGGUGGUUACAGACCAGUUGCCUUCACUACAAAAAUUAUCUAUUGACAAUGAGGGGAAAAAACUUCUAGUGUUGACCAACUUGAAGAAAUUGCUUAACCUGAGAACUUUGGAAUUGAUCAGCUGUGACUUGGAACGCAUUCCACAUUCUAUCUUUAGCCUGAACUAUUUGCAUGAAAUAGACUUAAAAGACAAUAAUAUACGAACAGUAGAAGAAAUCAUUAGUUUUCAACACCUUGAGAACCUUUCUUGCCUGAAAUUGUGGCACAACACCAUCUCCUACAUCCCAGUGCAGAUUGGAGCUUUAGCAAACCUGGAGCAGCUCUAUUUAAAUCAUAACAACAUAAAAAAAAUCCCACCACAACUUUUUCUUUGCCUAAAGCUACAUUAUUUGGACCUCAGUUAUAACAAGCUAACAUCCAUUCCGCAUGAAAUCCAGUAUUUAACAAACCUGCAGUACCUUGCUGUGACAAAAAAUCACGUAAGUAGAAGCAAACUAUUGGCGGAAUUCAGCAUUGCACUCUUGCAAUCACUCCGUUUGUGCAAGCAGUCCAGCUUGCCAGAUGGAACAGUACCCCUUCCCGUCUCCCUACACUGUCCUGGGAAUUCCCAUUCCCCACCCCUGCUCCAAGCUGAUCUUGGGAAGUGCAUGGCUGGUAGGGGGAAGCCCCAUUGUACAAGCAGAAGUCCUUGUGCAGGGCUUCUGCUGCCAGGACUGGUUAGGUGAAUCCCACCCUUUUGCUUUAAAGUGAAUGAAAAAUAAAAGCUAAGAAAAAAAGUUAAUCGAGAUUGAAGGCGUGGUAGAAGCCCAGUCCUGCAAUAUAUCACAGCAGUGGUUGCCAAGCUUUUUUAAUCCCAUGGGCAUAUUUGCCAACCAGAAAACAUGUGGGUACCACACACCUCAACCAGUUAUAUUCACUGCAAAAAAAUGCUUUCCAAUGUAGUAGUAGUAGUCCUGCUGCAGGCAGUGAACUAAAAACUUGUUCUGUGUUCUUGCUCUGGAAAGAAAAUCCAAUUUUCAGUACUUGAGUGGGGAAGUAUUUUAUCUUUAUUACGAGUUCUUGUUGUAUCUGUAGACUAUAGGAAAUCCUAUCUAGUCAAAACCAUUUUCCUGACUUCUUAUUUCAGCUAGAACAGUAGCAUACAGCAUUCAUAAAGCUUAGCUUACUUCAAUCUCUUCAUACAUCAUUGGUUUCAAACCUAUUUGUCUCCUCCCCUGCCCCAUUAGCCUGCUUCAAAUGUAGGUAUUAAGCAGGGAGCUCAACAUCUAACUUUUGAUGUGCCGCCAUGAAGGAUUGUUUCACUGGGCUUAUAGCAAGUUGCUCAGAUUAUUAAUUCUUUGCUUAUCGUUCUUUUGUUUAUUUGAAAAUUAGGCAUAAAACAGGUCAUGUGAAUCAGCCAGGGAUUUCCACAAUGAAAUAGGCAUUUUCUCAACCAUCUACAUUUAUAAAAGAAUAUUGCAGAGGGGUGGGGAAGGAUACAGAGAGAUAGCCCUCACUGAAUGCAUGUAUCCUAGGCUCUAGAUCAGCAUGAUUUAGGAGUACAUACAUUAACUGAUUUUGUGUGUUUGUGUGUGUAAAUUAAUGACCUUACAAUAUUAUGUAUUUUUUUAUUUUUUCUCUAUAGAUUGAGGCACUUCCAAAUGAAUUAUUUCAGUGCAGAAAGCUACAGUAUCUCCUACUGGGACAUAACAGCCUGAUGCAUUUGUCCCCUAAAGUUGGGGAACUCUCCAACCUUGUUCAGCUAGAGCUUAAUGGAAACUACCUGGAGUUGCUGCCUGCCGAACUGGAGGAAUGUAACUCUUUGAAACGGAGCUGCUUAAUUGUAGAAGAACACUUGCUAAAAACUCUCCCCCUUAGGGUAACAGAGCAUAUGCAAAUGUGCUUGGACAAAGUCUGAGCUUGAGAUUCUCUGUGCAGAGCAACAAAUUCCUCUUGAGAGUUUUAAAUAAUAGCUCUAAAGGAAAGUAUAGCUGGCAAGAAGGGAAAUGCAAGGGUGUUGUUGAUUUUCCUGCAGCUCUGUGCAUUGACCCAAGUUUCUGCUGAUAAAAAACCCCCACACACGUUUAAGUCUUAAACAAAAAUAAAUAUUAGGCAAGUAUAUGCAUACAUAUAUACCAUGAAUAAUUUGAAACUGGAAUUAAAGAGUGAAAGUUAAGUGAAUAGUGUAAUCGUGGUUUUGAAUGACUGGGAAAGGUGAAUAUAUAGUUUGUCCGAGUCUAGUAAGGGUCGUUUCCCCAUAACAUUUUAUUGUGUAGUUUUCAACAAAUGACUGUAAAGACCAACAAACAAAGGAUGAUAUCCAAUUGUUUUAUCCUUCUUGCAAAGUGGACUUCUAUAUAUGCAAACAGGACAUACCAUUUAUCCCACUCUGCAGCUCCCCAUCAGCCCUCAUCAUCUGCAUUGGAGGGUUGGGGGAUCCUCCACAGCAGAUUGGAUGUUGACUGCAGGAGGAGGGGAAGGAGAAGUGUAAUCCAAUGCAGCAGGAGACAACUCUGGAUCUCACCCAUAGCUUUUCACACAUUCACCAUGAUUGGGUGUUGGUGACAGUGGGAGGGUCAUUGUGAAGACUAUAGGAUAGUUUUCACAAAAACCCUCCCUCUGUCACCACACCACUCAUUUUAUUAUACUGGGGAAAUGAUUUCAAAGUUGUGUUUUGCAACAGGAGAUGAUACUUUUGUUUAUAAGUAAGUAAGAAAUUACUGUGUACACAAGUACAGUUUUCUAGUGCUUGUCUCUAAUCCUGAGGCAGCAAUAGAACCUUAAUAUAUGAUGUAGGAGGUCAUUUUCAAUAUCUGGUUUUUCUUUUCUUUUCUUUUUUUGUCUUUUGGUAUUUUCUUGCAUCUCUCCAAUUGGAGUUCUGAUGCACUACUGGGAGAUUUCAAAUAUGUAUGUCAAGUUACAAGCAAAUAAGGAGAACACUGCUGUUUUUAAGUAUUAACAGAUAAUGUAGAGGAUUUUACAAAAAAUAAUAAUCCAACUCUAACCUUAAAAAUGUUUGGGUAACAUCAAUUUAUCCCUUAUUCAUACACAAAGAAUGGUAUGUUACAGCAGUUUUCCAAAGCACAUGACUAAUUUAAGUCUUACUGAUUUCAGCCAGUCUAUUCUAAGCAUGACAGGCUGAAUCCAACCUACGAUACUCGUACAUCUUUCAUCUUCUUUAGUGACUUACAUAAAGAAAGGUAUACCGUAUUGUUCGCUCUAUAGGACACACUUUUUCCCCUCCAAAAAUGAAGGGGAAAUGUGUGUUCGUCCUAUGGAGCGAAUGCAGGCUUUCGCUGAAGCCUGGAGAGCGAGAGGGGUUGGUGAGCACCGACCCCUCUCGCUCUCCAGGCUUCAGGAAGCUAUCCGCAAGCCUUCAGAGUGCGGCGGGAGUGCCCACCGGGCUCCGAAGACUUGCGGAUAGCAGCCUGCAGCCCGAAGCCCGGGGAGCAUAGUGAUGCGCACCCUGGGCUUUGGGAAGCUAUCCGCAAGCCUUCGGAGCCUGGCGGUAGUUCCCACCAGGCUCAGAAGGCUUGCGGAUAGCAGGCAGCAACCCAAAUCCCGGGUAGCGCAGCACUGUGCACCCCGGGCUUUGGGCAGCUAUCCGCAAGCCUUCAGAGCCCGGCGGGAGUUCCCACUGGGCUCAGAAGGCUUGCUGAUAGCAGCAAGAUCCGGGAGCAAAGGCGAGGUUGCGCACAACCUGCCCCCGCUCCCAGACCCGUUCUGGGGGCUGGGGUCGGGGGAAGCUCGGGUUUCCCCCAGCCCCGCAGCUAAAAAGGAAGCCAAGACAGCGAGCGGGAUCCAUCCUGCUCGCUGUCUUGGCUUCUGCCAAAGCCGCACGCAGCCUCUCCCGGCUGGAGAGGUUGUGCGUGGCUGAAGAGGAAGCCAAGACAGCCAGUGGGAUGGAUCUCGCUGGCUGUCUUGGCUUCUUUGCUCUUUGGGGCUGGGGGGGGAAUAUAUAUUUUUUCUUUAUUUCCCCCCCAAAAAAAACUAGGUGCGCCCUAUGGUCCGGUGCGCCCUAUAGAGCGAAAAAUACGGUAAUAUGAACACUCCCAGAUAAUCUGAGAGUAAGAUAAUUCUUUAUGUAAGUCACUAAAGAAGAUGAAAGAUGUACAACUAUCAUAGGUUGGAUUCAGCCUGUCAUGUGCUUUGGUAAACUGCUGUAACAUACCAUUCUUUGUGUAUGAAUAAGGGAUAAAUUAAUCAGAUUAAUUGAAAUCUCACUGAUUUCAAUAUUCUAAGCAUGACUGCGGUGGUGGAGCUUUCUGAUAUCAUUCAACCUGAUCUCACAAAAUCAGCAUACGGAACACUACGUUACGUGGCAGAAUAAGGUACAUUUUCUCUGAAUGCAUGCUAACAAGUUUACACCAUAAACAGGGGAGGCAAAAAAAUAUGAUGAUGAUGUCUCAGCAGCAUUGAAGUAGAUACCAUACCCAAAUGGUAUGGUAUGUUGUGUCCUUCUCAGCUGCCCUCCAGGUGGAAGAGUGCCUAAAUGUGCCCUCCCAAAAAACUGACCCAGGGCAAUGGCCCCAUCAGACCACACCCUGCAUGACUGGCUCCAACUGCAUUUGGGUAUGGCAUCUACUUCAGUGCUGCUGAGACAUCAUCUUCAUCUUUUUUGCAUCCCCUGUUUAUGGUGUGAACUUGUUAGCAUGCAUUCAGAGAAAACGUAUCUUAUUCUGCCACAUAAUGUAGCAUUCCAUAUGCUGAUUUUGUAGAUCAGGUUGCAUGAUAUCAGAAAAGUGCUUGUGUAACUAUUUUAUAUUGACUAUUUUUUUUUACUUUGCUCCUUUUUAAAAAUAGCUUACUUUAUCUUAAUGCCACAAAACUAAGUUAAUCUCUCCAGUAGUAUCUUACCAUGUUGACAUCAGUCCAUCACAAUAAUUACAUUCCAAAGACCUUUUUAAAUAGCUCUCAGGGAACAAAAAAAAAUAAGCUUUGUGUUUUUUCAUGGAUCUGAUACAGGUCCAAUUCUCCCGGGUUGUUUUCCCCCCAAGGUGCGAUUUAUUACUAAUUUGGGGUACUUUUCACAUCUGCAUGCCAAGAAACAUGUUUCACGUUUGGUUUCUAAUAUUCAAAUUAAGUUUUGUUACAUAACGGAACACAAAUAUGCUUAAUGCAUAGGACUACAUUGGGCAACAAAGUCUAGAUGUUUCAGAAUCUACCCAGAUGGGGCUCUUUCCUGUCAUGUAAAAAGAUACAAACCUGGAACAACAUGGCAAUGAGAGAGUGGCUGCUGUUGAGGAAUUUGUACUAGGAAAAGAUUGUGGACAUAAUUAGCUUUUUGGCCUUCAUGUUACCUUGUUCACCCAUCUCAAAAUCUCAUUUUUGCCUCUGUCAUCUUUUACUUCUUUCCAGCUCUGUUCUGGUCCUACUCAGCUUCUGACUUGUGCUUGCCAACAGUCAUCUCACAAAUAGAUGUCAUUAAUGUUGGUGUACGGUGGCACCGGAAUGGUUUAAAUCACUGUGGCCAGAACUCUGUUCUGAAACUUUUAAAGUCUUGACAUUGUUGUAUAUGUGUUGUGUAUGUGUUAUAACUGUGUUAAGAGUUAUAAAACAUUCACAAAGAUAUUAAAACUUUUAAAGUUUCAGAAAUUGAUGGACACCUUUGUUUAUUUUUAAAAGGAAGUUGGUUGUUUCCAUUUUAAAGACCUGCUUUUUGAACAAAAAAAUCAAAUAAAAAACCAACUGGGCAUUGCUGAGAACACACUUGUAGAGAUUACUGACACUCUUCAUUUUAACUAUAUCAUAUGUUGGUCCACCUUUUAAGUAGUGCAUGGACUUAAGCACGGCCUUGAUUUCUUGAACAUUCCCUCCACUCGGAUUAUUUUAUCAUCCAACACAGGGGUAGCUGAUGUAGUUCCCUCCAGCUGCUCGUGACUACCACUCCUAUCAUCACUGACAAUUAAGCUGGCUGCGGCUGGAAGGUACCAUGUUGGCACCCCUUUUUUGGGCAUUUUGAAAUGCAUAGUAGUAACAUAAAAAAAAACUUCUGUGCUAUAUUUCUAAAAAACCAGUGAGACCAGGAAAGGGCUAUUAAAGAAAGCAUGGAUAACAUUGACUCGGAAAGGUGAAGAUCUCUUUAAAAGGCUAUGGCCGUAACACACAGGUAUGAGGGCGUGAUCAUUUGCCUAAAUACGGACUAACUCAGAGUUAAAUAACACGAGCAUAAGAAUUUAAAAAGUCUGUUUGAUUAAUGUCUUAAUCUUUUUGCAAAGCAUUUUUCACAAACAGCAAGAAAUCUAAAGGCUGGUAAUUCUGGCCUUAUUGCAUGCCACAGUGUGCCUUUUGUUUCCUUUCUGUAUUCUGACCUCACACUUCAGAUGGCAGAGCUGAACUGUGAGUAUUUUUGAAAACUGCUUUAUUUCUCAUCUUCAUACUUAAUAUAUUGCAUUGAAGAGAAUUUCAACAAGCUAAAUCACCUUCCUAAUUAUAGGACAAGCUAUGUUAACCACAACCCAUAUUUGUGUAUAGCAUUUAUUUUAUACACAAUGGCUUUUCAGUUUGUUUCACUGUGAUGCUGCUGGGGGGUAGAGAGGGAAUGUUUAAAUAUGGUCUUGCAUAUACUGGCAAUUUCUGUUGAAAAAAAUAUUUGAAUAAAAUUCUAUUAAGUUGUCUAUGCUCAAUCCUGUAUUUGUGUCAUCUUAAUUUUUUCUUCAUUAAAAAUGGGUCAGGAUUUAGUGACGCCUGGAAGGCUAGCAUUAAAAACAGCCCCACUUAACCCAAAGGUAGUCAUUUUUCUUUUGUUCCUUUUAAUUUAAAUGGAAGGAAAUUAUGCAUAUGUAUUAACUCACCUAUAAGAUGUAAGUGCUGACUUAGUAAGCUACUUAUCUAGUAUGAAGGAAUUAAAAUAUUAGCAGCUUUUAAUAGCUAAACACCAGUCUGAUACAAUUUAAAAAUAUAUACUCACAUUUUUAAAAUAUUAAAUGUUUAGAUUUUAAUUUUUAUUUACUUUCCCACGGGAAAAAAUCCAAAUGUUCUAUAUAGCUACUGCCAACUGCUUUUAUAGCAGCUGUCCAAAACAUUGAAAAAUAUUUGGUUACUUGGUAUAGCAACUGUCCCCUCAGGCCUCGGGUUCUAAUGACUUGGAAGGCUUGUCUUAAUGCAGAAUGUGGAAGUACACCAGUGCAAUAGAAAACUACAUUUAAAAAAACGAAUUUUACCAGUUUUGUAGAAGCUUUUAAAAAGGCAUGUAUAAAUAAAUCCAGCUCUGUGCAAGGUCUUAAAAUUUUCAGCAUCAAAACGUAAGUGAGCAGUUUGGACCAACUUUAUGUUAAGGUGAAUUCUGCAUGGUGGCUUUGACUACCAUAAAGCAUUCAAUGAUUGGGGCAUAAUAAGCUCUCUUGUGCCAUAUUAUAAUCUUCAGCAGCUACUGAGAGUGCACUCUUGAAUAAACUCUUAACAAAGUUUUUCCACAAUAAUAUUACAUAAUGUCCAGUGGCUGGCAGAGAAUGACUUCCAAAUUUGAGGGGAGGCGGUUCCCCACCCCUGCCAAACAAAUCAGUGCUCAGCAUGUAUUUGCUAUCGUAUGUUUUCUGAAAGAAGUGUAGAAAUAGGGACCAAACUUCCACAACCUACUUAAGGAGGAGGGGAGUGUGUGCAGAGAACAAAAUGGUCUCUGGUGCAGACACGCAUUAAAACCCUUCUCCCUCGGUGUUUGGCAGAUUCUCUGUGCAGAAAUUUCAAUGGCCAGUCUCUGCUCAGCUUUGGUCUGGGUUGCUGGAGUGGCAGCUAGGUGUAAAAGCAAAUUUUAACACAUUUUACACAUUUUUAGAAGCCACAACUGCUACUUUCCCCAAGCUUUUCAGUGGGCUAGAAAUCUUGAGUUGUGAUUUGAUACCUGAGCUUUUGCAUUUGACAAAAUAUAACUAGAGGUGAUUACUUUAGCAUAGUCUGAUCUUCGUUGCUUUUGAUAGGAAAGCCCAGGCAAGAUGCCACCAGCAUGGGCAGACCAAUCUUUUCUUGAGGAAAGCUUAUGUCAUUUAAUCAAAAACGCCACCAAGAUCUAAGAAUCGGAGGCAGGAUGCCUCAGAAUGGCAGUUGAUAAGAAUCCCUUUGGAAUCUGGUUGGCCACUGGGAAGAGGAGGCUGGAUUAGACAGGCCUUCGGCCUCAUCCAAAAAGAAACUUCUUAAAUUCUUAAUAAUGGUGUAGAUCUCUUAUUCUGUAAUUUAGCCUAUUUGCACUUUUACAACAGCCCACUAAUAUCUUUUUUUUUCCUCCUCCCCCUUCCCACAAACUGAUAAUCUUUCAAAGGUAUGUGCAGUGUUCUAGAUAUUCUUAUAAUUUGUUUAAAAACUUGACAGAUAACUUUUAUUUUUAAAGCUCUGUUUGCACAUAGUGCUAGAGAAAACCAAGAGAAAACCUUUUCUACAGCUCAUAGUUUGUCUAGAGUGAGACUAACAUUAAGCUUGGGUUAAGACUUAACACUAAGCUAAACCAUGGUUUGGCCCUGGGUAGCAUGAGAGCACUAGGGUAGAGGCACCGUGGCCAUGAUCUUUGCUCCAGGAAUCCAGUUUGUAUAAACCAUAGUUUGGCUUAGCAUUACAUGCAAACAGCACCAUGUUUAAAUCAUUUGAAAGGUAUACUUCUGUUUCUUCUUUUUUCUGGAUCAACAGGGUUUUGUCAAAAUCGCCCUGCUAAAAGUUUUCACUGUAAAUCAGGGUCUUUGAAAUGAAGGCAACUUUGAAUCUGAACUGAAAAUAGGAAUUUUACUGAUGCUCAGUUCCUGAUACUUGCUUCAAGCUAUAGUUAUUUAUUCAAGGGCUUGAGAGAAAAUUUCUGGUUCCAUCUAUUGCUCUCUGGUUCCAUCUAUUGACACACUAGCAGGAUUUGGGAAAGUCAUGCUGCUGUACUCAAAGACCUAAAUGAACAUACUCUGUUUUGUAAUACUUGACUUCUUUUUUUUUGCAUUGGGCAUGUGUGUGAAGACAGCUUUCUUCAAGGACCCUUCUGCUAAAAACACUACACAAUUUUACAAGAUAUGACUAAUUCUAGAUGAAUAUGAAAUCAAUCCAGUUGGACUGAGUUCGCACACUUCAUCCAAGUCCAGCACCAUUCCAGAGUAUGAUUAUCUCUUUAAGAUUACAUACAGUGCUUUUUUCUGCGAGUACACAGUACUGGCACUUUUUUUUCUAGAAGAAAAGCACUGAUUAAAAGUUUGGCACUUACUAUAGCAACAUCAUGGUGAGUAGCGGCACCCUUUUUUCUAGAAGAAUAUACAUAUAAUCACAUUUUCACAUACACACACAUGCACACAUAGUAGCUUAGAAUUUUUGCAAACUCUUACUAACUAGUACAGUGUGAUCAUCUUAGCAAUAAUGUUAAGAUCCCCUCCUUAUCAACUUUCUUUUGCAAAAUGCAGUCUUUUCCUGAAAUUUACAUCACAUUUAAUGUAGUUUGAAAUACAAAUUUUAAUUUAAUCCACCAUCGGUCCUGGUUUUCAUAGUUCACAUCUGUGUUGAUUGUCUAAGGGCCUUCAAUGCAAUUGGUUAGGUCAAACUGUGUAAACCAAACUAUCCUUCCACCCUGGUGUCAGAAAGGAAUCAGAAAUGAAAGGACUUUUUUGUCUAUGGUCUAGCUGAGAUUCUGGAAAUCUGAGGGGGAGGGGAGGAAUUCCCAUUUCACAUUCCUGAUAAAAUUGACGCAGUCUAAACAUAACACCGUAUGUUUUCUUCCUUUUUUCCCCAUCACACCAAAAUACAUCAACAGCAGAAGCACAAAGUCUGCUUUCAAAGUACCAACUGUGGGGUUUACAUUUAAGGAAAGUAGUGGAAUUCUUUUGGACUGCACCAGUUUGGAAUACAGGUGGCAACCAGGGGAUUACAUUACUGAUUACAAGUGGUGCUGUUGUCUAAACCACUGAGCCUCUUGGGCUUGCCAAUCAGAAGGUUGGCAGUUUGAACCCCUGCAACAGGGUACAGUUGUUCUGUCCCAGCUCCUGCCAACCUAGCAGUUCGAAAGCACACCAGUGUAAGUAGAUAAAUAGGUACCGCUCCAGUGGGAAGGUAAAUGGUGUUUCUGUGUGCUCUGGUUUCUGUCAUGGUGUCCUAUUGCACCAGAAGCGGUUUAGUCAUGCUGGCCACAUGACCCGGACAGCUGUCUGCGGAUAAAUGCCGGCUCCCUCGGCCUGAAAGCGAGAUGGGCGCCGCAACCCCAUAGUCUCCAUUGACUGGACUUAACUGUCCAGGGAUCCUUUACCUUUUACAUUACUGAAUUCACUAUUACUCCAAAAACUUUCCACAUGGUAACUGCUGCCCUCCGGAUGUUUUUGGAUGUAGCUUCCAUCAACUUCAGCCAACAGGGCCAAAAGUCAGCGAUGAUGGGAUCGCUGGCACACUAACUUUCCAUCUGUAGCAAAACAUAUCCAAAUGUACUUAUAUGUACCCUGCCAAGCAUUCUUCUGGGGCUUUAGAAAUAAAACAUACAAUCUCAAGGCAUACUCCUGUUUUUAAAAGCUUGCUUCAGUUUCUCGGAUAACCAUUCUACCAGAUGUCUGAUUCCCCUAUAUUCGCAAACAAGCUAAAAAAAAAAACCUCUGCAUAGUUUGUAAACAUUGUUUUGUUUAAUGUGAAACCUAACUGAUUUCAAAUGGCAUGAGAACGGGGAGGAGGAAUGGCACUUCCAAAUUUUACUUUAAAUGAUAGAAGUUUAUAUUUGAAACACUGUCCAUGUUCCAGAAUUAUUGAUGCAGGCAAGUUUCUCCGAACAUCGAGGGGAAACAAGGCUUUUAAAGUUUAUAUUCUCCAACCGCCGUCAGAAAAGAACUUGCAUCCUACGAGUAUCCCCACAAAACUUUGCAGUCAAGCAUACACAUACAAAAUGUUGCAAAGAGUCUCAGAACCAGUGUCUGAGCAUGUCUGUCACAAAUACUAGCAGUGCUGGCUAGAGCUGAUAGGAGUUUGGAGUCCAACAACAUCUCGAAGGCUCACCAGUUCCCUAUCCUUGGCUGAAUCUACACAUAUAUAAAAAAACACUGUGAAAGUGCAUAUAUUUAAAAAAACUUUAAAAAAUAUAUGGAAUUUGCCAUUAGCUCACCAGCUCCAUUUGUAUAAUGCACUUAAAAUAUUAUACUGUAUUUGCAGCUCUAUAGCUGAGUCCCUUGACAUGCUCCCUGACUCUGACCUGGUUUGCUUCGGCUCACAUAAAAACAAGAGCAUUGCCCCAAUGGCAUUUGUAAAUACCCUUGCCCAACAGGAAAGAACUCUUGUGUGUGGAAGAUUGGGGGAAGAAGUUCCCAUUCUCCUGAACUUUGGCUGAACUGGUCUUCUCAUGUUCCUUCUUGUGUACCAGACGAGAUCAUUAAAGCUCCUCAGUUUAUCCUGAGAAUUUUGUGUGGUGUUGUUGCUUUAAUUGAGCAGCUGAAUAAAUACAGUGUCUUUCAUUCUUCAGGGCAGGGACUGCUAAGAAGAUCAAAGCAGUCUCUUGAGGGCAUGGAGUUGAGAUGAAGGAAUAUCAAGUCAUAAGGCUACUUGGAAUAGCCAUGCUGUGAAAUGCAUGCCACAGAGAAUAGGGGUAUGCGUGCAUGUGUGAGAAGAGAGGAAGUAAGGCAAAUAUAGAGGGAUAAUUGGAAAGUGGGGGGCAAAAGACUGGUACACUGUGGGUAUCUUUCCCCCCUCCUGCACUGCUAAUGGCAGCGGGGGGUGGGAGGAGUGGUUUUGAUCAGAGAAAUAUGGGAAGGAUUAACCCUCUCCUCAGCACAAUGUCCACAAUCAAAUUAUACCCUCCCCCAAUAUUCUUUUGAAAACACACAAAAUAUGCACCAUAGAAUCACGGAAUCAUCCAGUCCAACCCCCUGCAAUGCAGGAAUCUCAGCUAAAGCAUCCAUGACAGGUGGCCAUCCAACCUCUGCUUAAAAAUCUCCAAGGAAGGACAGUCCACCACUUCUCAUGGGAUUCUGUUCCACUGCCAAACAGUUCUGUCAGAAAGUUUUUCCAAAUGUUUAGCCAGAAUCUCCUUUCUUGUAACUUGAAGCCAUUGCCUCAAGUCCUACCCUCAAGAGCAGGAGAAAACAACCAUGCUUCCUCUUCCACGUGACAUCCCUUAAGAAGAAGAAGAGUUUGGAUUUGAUAUCCCGCUUUAUCACUACCCUAAGGAGUCUGAAAGCGGCUAACAAUCUCCUUUUCCCUUCCUCCCCCACAACAAACACCCUGUGAGAUGAGUGAGGCUGAGAGACUUCAGAGAAGUGUGACUAGCCCAAGAUCACCCAGCAGCUGCAUGUGGAGGAGUGGGGAAGCGAACCUGGUUCACCAGAUUACGAGUCAACUGCUCUUAACCACUACACCACAGAUGGCUAUCAUAUCUCCUCUCAGACUCCUCUUUUCCAGGCUAAACAUACCCAGCGCUCCCCAUAAGGCUUAGUUUCCAGACCCCUUGAUCAUCUUGGUUGCCCUCCUCUGCACAUGUUCCAGCUUGUCAACAUCCUCCUUAAAUUGUGGUGGUUAGAAUUGGACAGAGUAUUCCAGGUGUGGUCUGACCAAGGCAGAAUAGAGUGGUACUAUUACUUCCAUUAUCUGGAUACUAUACUUCUGUUGAAUAGAAUAGCUGCAUCAAGCAAGCCUAUCCCAGAUCUUCCACAUCACAUCCAGUUUCACCCCGAGUUUUCAGAAUUUCAGAAUUUGUCUGGGUUUUAUGAAUGCUCAUAUGCACAAAGGCCACUUCACCUGUGUUUGUAUCACAGCCUUUGCAUCAUGAGCACGUUCUUCUCUAUCAAGGCGAAACACCAAGUGUCCUGGAGGCAUCUAAGGUCAGGCCACUGGCACCAGUUGGACUUUACUGUCAGCAGGUGAUUGACACUGAAGUGUGUUCAUGUCAGACAAUUUUGUCUACCUGGUUUCCACCAUAACCAGCAACCUCCCCAUUGACACUGAGCUGGACAAGCGUAUUGGCAAGGCUGCCAGGGCAAUGGCUCACCUCUCCAAAAAGGUAUGGGAGAAUGUGAUGGUAGCAUCCAAUACCAAGAUGAAGGUCUACCAGGCUUGUGUGAUGAGCAUGCUGCUUUAUGGAAGUGAGUCAUGGGCAACUUCCAACCACCAGGAGCAAUGCUUCCAUGCCUUCUACAUGAACUGCAUCAGGGAGAUUCGGGGCAUCACAUGACAGGACAGUCUCAAACAAAGAUGUGCUCUUCCAGGCCCACAUUCCCAGCUUGUGUGCACUCCUGUCUCAACAAUGUCUACACUGGCUUGCUCACGUCCACAGAAUGAAAGAUGGCAGGAUCCCCAAGGACGUGCUGUACAGGGAGCUAACUUCAGCAAAUGACCAAAAUAAUCCAUUGAAUUAUGGGUCCAAAAGACUGGAUAUGUUUUCUUUGUAUUGAUUUGCAACACAGGUAAAUUAUACGUAAAAUAAAGAAGAACAAAAUAAUAUUGUUCAUUUGGCCGUGAUCUAGAAACACUGGAAAAUGGUGGAAAUACAUGGAGCGUUAUAGCAAAUAUGCAAUCCUAAGGCAAUAUUUACAUGUGACUUUGAAAUACGGGAUUUGUUCUCUAAAAGGAGAUUACUUAUUUCAAAGCUUAAGAUCUUUUUAAGAUUAUGGGGAUUAACUUUUUUCAGUUUAAUGCCGAAUCUCCCCAUUUAUCAAAGCACGGACAAAAUCUUUUGCUUGAUGAAUUGCAGAAGCAGUGAUGAAAGGGCUAUAAAUGAAAGACUCACACAGAUUAUAUAUAUUUUCAGAACACGAGAAAGGCAUGCACAGAUUUUCCCUCUUCCCAGAACAUUGACAUUGGAACAUUUCCCUCUCCCAAGAUACUCUGGAGCUGACCUAAAGUUGCCCUUCUCUUACUGUGGAAUUUCAAAGGGAUAUUCCAGUGUGAAACUGCCGAGUUAAAAUGUAUCAAGGGAUUUUAUUUGUCUCUGGGGCAUGAAUAAAGUUAUUAAGGCUUCUUGUCACACUGCAGGUGUUAAGUUACUUAGCAGUAUUAGGGUGACUGCUAAGACUAUUCCUGUGAAGAGUGACUUAACUGAUUUGUAACAGAAUGUGAUUUCUGUAGUUCCAUCACCAUUUGGCCUGGCUGCUCAUACUCCCCACCCACCCCAAAUAAAGAUAUACCCACCAACUAAGGAUAGACACUUUGUGUAUCUGAUGAAGUGGACUCAAUGCUUUGGGUGGAAAGAAAAGGACAAGUAAAAAGAGAACAAAUUGCGACGAUCGCAUGUAUGUUCACUACAGGAUGUUACUUACCAGCAUGGGAAACUGUUCUUGCCAUCUGUUAGUUUAUGGAGAAGGAAAGUGUGGCAUGUUAGGUUGAAUGAAUAACAUCACCAUCUAUAAACAUUCAUAGGGAGGAAGAAAUCUCAGAUAACCUUGGGGGAAAUUGGAUUUUAUUUACGUAUUCAAUUUUGAAAUCAAUCAAGACCUAGAGAACCAGCAUUGGUGGGCAUUUGGACUAUUCCAUAAAUUCAUUUUAUAUAAUAUGGAGAAGUAGGCUCCAAUCGGAAAUAUGUUUAAGUCAAUGGCCUUUUUAAAAUAUGUCCCAGUUAAGCUUUUGGUUUGUGUAUGAGUGGGUGGAGAUUUUAAGAGAGGCAUGAUUUGAAGUGGAAUUGAAACCACAAAAAAGUAAGUAUCACAGGCAAGAAGAGGGCAAGAGCAUUUCUAUGCCACUGGGAGUCUGUCCUAGUCAUGGGCACAGCCAGGAUUUCUUUGAGGGGGGCAAAAAAUUGCUUAGCUUUUUUUAGAUCGCCCCCUAAAGUUGUUGAUCUUUUUUGGGAAAACCAUGAGUAAAAAAUACCCACCAGAACCUCAGUUAAUUGAGUACUUUCCAUGCUCCUAGUCAUACUUUUUCAGAUUGUAGCAUUUUGGGUUUGGGGUUUUAAAAAUAUAUAUAUAACAAAAACCAUGUCACACUAAACCAUGGCUUAGCAGAAAUGAUCCAAUCAGCACUUCAACUCCAGUCCUGUUCUUGACUCCUCAAAAUAUUCCAUCAACAGUGUCUCCGAAAAAAUGUACACAUCACUUCGGAAGGCAGGCGAACUAAUGCCAGUGUACUGGAAGAAGCAAAGAUCACCAGUGUCAAAGCAUUGAUUCUUCAACAUAAAUUUUGUUGGACUGGUCAUGUUGUGCGGAUGCCUGAUUAUCAUUUCCAAAGCAACUAUUCUAUUCCAAACUCUAAAAUGGAGAGCGUAAUGCUGGUGGUCAACAAAAGAGGUUUAAAGACUCUCUCAAAGUAAAUGUAAAAAAAAAAAAGGAGUAUAAACAGGACAAUUGGGAAACACUGGCCUGAAAGUGCUCCAGUUGGAGGACAGCCUUUACCAAAGGUGUCAUGGACUUUGAAGAAGCACAAACUCAGGACGAAAGGGAGAAACGUGCUAAGAGGAAGACACAUUUGGCAAAUCCACACCAUGAUCAACUCCUGCCCAGAAACCAAUGUCCCCACUGUGGAAGGACGUGCGGGUCCAGAAAUGGCCUCCACAAUCACUUAGGACUCACUGUUAAGACCGUGUCCAUGGAAGACAAUCUUUGUUGUUGUUGUUUAGUCGUGUCCGACUCUUCGUGACUCCAUGGACGAGAGCACGCCAGGUACUUCUGUCUUCCACUGCCUCCCGCAGUUUGGUCAAACUCGUGCUGGUAGCUUUGAGAACACUAUCCAACCAUCUCAUCUUCUGUCGUCCCCUUCUCCUUGUGCCCCCCAUCUUUCCCAACACUGGGGUCUUUUCCAGGGAGUCUUCUCUUCACAUGAGGUGGCCAAAGUAUUGGAGCCUCAGCUUCAGGACCUGUCCUUCCAGUGAGCACUCAGGGCUGAUUUCCUUCAGAAUGGAUAGGUUUGAUCUUCUUGCAGUCCAUGGGACUCUCAAGAGUCUCCUCCAGCACCAUAGUUCAAAAGCAUCAAUUCUUCAGCGAUCAGCCUUCUUUAUGGUCCAGCUCUCACUUCCAUACAUCACUACUGGGAAAACCAUAGCUUUUACUAUACGGACCUUUGUUGGCACGGUGACGUCUCUACUUUUUAAGUGGCUGGCUAGGUUUGUCAUUGCUUUUCUUCCAAGAAGCAGGCUCUUUUAAUUUCGUGGCUUACUCAGGUACAAGUGAUCGCCAAAGUAGAAGACAUGGGGCUAAGCCAGGGGGUGUCUCGGCGUACCCUCGCCGCCUACCCCUCUCCCUCCUUGCACGCCAGCCUGCUAGCUGGGGGGAGCCACGUGCGCGCGCCGGCGUCGGAGCAGGGCGCGGCCCGGAGGUGGCGGCCCGCGGCAGCAGCAGUGGGCGGAGAGAGCGGCUGUUGGAGGAGGAGGAGGAGACGGAGGAGGGACGCGCGGGGACAGCGGCCUCGGCACUCUCGGCGCGGAUCCUGGUGGGGAGCAUCGGCAGCGCCACCGCCGCCGCCGCCGCGCUCGGCAAUGGAGGAAGAGGACGCCACCGCCCUCCGCCCGUGAUCCGUCCCCGCCACGAUCUCUGUCCCCACCGAGGUGAGCGAGGAUGGAGCCGCCACGGCGCGCCCCUUUCCCCUGGAGCGCCCUUUUUCCUUCAGCCUUUGGAAAUGAAAUUGGGAUUUGGGGAUGGAGGGUAGAGCCGCCUCCAGGCGGCGGUGGGGAAAUAGCGGGGAGACUCUCCAAGCAAUGGGGAGGGGUGUGUGGAUCGGGGUCCGUCCAAGCGCGCGCUGGAAUACCUCGGGGCGGAUUUGAGGUCUUUCCUUCCCCAGAGUAGGAUCCUACGGAGGAAACGUGGCAUCGGGGAGUUGCUGUGUGGCCAUGCAGCGUGCAUGACCCUGGCACCGAAAUUUGUGCGUGCUCGGCCCCUUCAUGGGGAAUUUUGUGUGUGCUCGGGCACCCAGAGCCCCAGGGAGUUGGCACCUAUGGGAGGGUGGUGGAUCAGGGUUUCAUACCUCGGGGCGCCGUCCAAUACUCGCCUCCUGCUCACACCCUAGUCUUUCCGUCCCCAGAGUAGGCUCCUGCCCCCUUUGGGGCCAGAACCGGACUAGGAAGGAAGACGGAGGGAAAAACGUGGCUCCGCGGCAUUGCUAUAUGGCCCCAAGCGGGCUCGCCCUCCCGCCCCGUCUGGCUGCUCCGGACGCGCCAAGCCAGGAGCCUGGUGCUUAUGCGCCUCUGCAGGGAGACCAGGAGCGAGCCGUUAGUCGCCUUCCCCGCCGCGCUCUGUCCUCGCCGGCUUCCUGCGUGGAGCCACCGCCUGCAUCUCUUUCUUUCUCUGGGGAAAGUUGUGGCUUCCUCCAAAACAAAUCCCCGCCGCGUCUCAACUCGAGCCGGACUCCCUUUGUUUGUUCCCGCACGGCUUGAGGACGUGUGGAAAAGUUGACAACGGGAAGCGCCUCCCUCCCUUUCUCAGACGGGACCCUGCCGUCGUUUCGGUAGCCAGCUUCGCAUUGCCUCUUCCUAGGCAGCCUCUUAGAGGGCGAAGGCGGAGCGCGCAAAGGAAACCAGAGGCAGAUUCAGGACUGGCUGGCUGAAGAAUUUAGAUCGACAGUUUAGUGAGAGUGGAGGGGACUCACCGAGGCUGUGAUGUGCAGUUGUGGUCCUCCAGAGAUUGAUGGACUCCAACUUCCAUCCAGCGUUCGAAACUCCCAUUGUUCUAGGCAUGUUUUGCGACAGGGAAAUUUGUUAAUGCGAGCAGUUUCUGAGCUCUGAGCACAGUACCACCCCUAAGAUUUCAGAUUAAAACUGCAGAGUGGAAGGAAAGGAGGACCUUUUUCUGCCUCCCCACUUCCAGCUACUCUCUGAAGACUGGAGAAGAGACCCUCUGAAGAAUAUUAGGGGGUUGGGCACGGGAAGGACUUGACCCUGUGAAAAAUGAACACAAGAUUUUAGCUGCAGUUCAUUCAUUUUUAGCUUUGUAUUCUUGCCAUAAAAAAGCGCGCCCAGACAUUCCAUUGUUGCGCCCAUAACCUCGGUUUAAGGUGCCAUUUAGCUCCUAGCUUUCAUAUCUCAGUUUCUAACACUGGUUCCAUCAGCUCCAGCCAACAUAAGCAGUGGUCAUGGAUGGUGGAAGUUGCAGUCUGAGAACGUAUGGAGAUCUACUGCUUUAGAGGCAAUUUAGUGGCUGAGAAACUCUUCCAGGUGACCAGAGCUUCUUUUCUUUUGCAAAAGUGGUGGUUCUUCUCUGUCUGGCUAUUCAUGUGCCAUAGCCAGCUGUUGUAAGUUAUAUGUAUGGGGGGGUUCCCCUUGUUUUGUAGACCAGUAAUUGUUCCAGAUGUAUUUGCAAGGGUCACAUCCUGGCAGCUAAAUUCUGUUUAAACACCCCACACUCUGUGGUCGUAAACUCGAAGACUUGGGAGUAAGGCCUGUUGGACUUAUUUGAUCAUACUUCUGAGUAGGCGUGCAUAAGAGUGUACUGGCAGAUUUCUUCUGCAGUCCUGAAACUCUUGAUUUUAGCCAUCUUGAUUACAUACUGCAAUAUCUGAAAGACGUCCUCAUCUUUCAAGAGACUGCUUUGUUUAUGUGGUUGCCCAAUUAGUGAGAAGAGGCAACCAUAAUGAAUAGUGGAACAUGAUUGAGUGGGUCAAAAGCCUUGAUGCACAUAGCUCUACUUUUUACCCACAUUAAAAAAUUGGUCUCUCUUAACAAAAAAUAAAGUUUUACUGUGCUGCCUAAUGGAUGUUAUUUUUCUUUCUUUCUGUUUUUGCAUUCUUGGUAAUAUGAGAUACUUUGGCCUGCCAAUUUUGCUGUAUCACAUCUCAUUCCAUUAAGAAGGAAAUGGAGGAUGCUUUAGAAUAUCCCAAAUAAGUGCUAAAGGUUUGUCUUCGUCUGAAGCCAAGCUUCUUCCUUGUAAUAAAAGGCAUAAGAUGGGGGUGUGGUAAGGAUAGAACUGCCUUUGUCCAUUCUUGAGAUAUUUACCUAUGGACCUAAUUGGCUGUUCCCUCUCUGUAUGGAAGCAGUCAGCUAGAGAGUGCUGCUGUGCUCGUGCUUUGAUUGUGGGCUUACCAUAGGCAUCUGCUUGGGAAUUUGAGAAUAGGACAAUGGGCUUUUGUCCAAUGCAGCAGGGAUCUUCUUGUUUUAGAGGAUGGUAGACUCUCCUCUGUAGAUCUAGUAGGGCUGCUGAUGCUCCCACUCUGAAUUUCCUGCACUGUGUAUGAACAGAACAUCAGCCAGAGCGCAAUUCAAGAAAAGAAGUCAAAAACAAGUCAAGGCUUUCCUAAACCCCUGAAUGGAUGCUAAAGCUUUCUAGAAACUAGGCUAGGUGGCCUACAAGACCUUCUCAUAGUGGGAUGACAAAAUACAUAAGAGGAUGGGGUAGACUGCCUAGUGCAGGAGUGGCAAACUGCAGCCCCAAGGACUGAAUGCGGCCCUCAAGCCUUCCUUAUCUGGCCCUUGGAACACUCCCUCAGCCACACUCUGACUUGCCUUACACCCCAGGUGUUUUUGCUCUUCUGGAAUGUGUCCUUCAACUCUGAUAAUGCCCCUGGCUUGUAUGGAUAGGGAAGAGAGAGGCAUUUAUUGUACAGUGGUACCUCGGGUUAAGAACUUAAUUUGUUCUGGAGGUCCGUUCUUAACCUGAAACUGUUCUUAUCCUGAGGUACCACUUUAGCUAAUGGGGCUUCCUGCUGUCGCCGCACGAUUUCUGUUCUCAUCCUGAAGCAAAGUUCUUAACCCAAGGUACUAUUUCUGGGUUAGCAGAGUCUGUAACCUGAAGCGUCUGUAACCUGAAGUGUCUGUAACCCGAGGUACAACUGUACAAAAGUAAAGUUGGCAUAAAUUGUUCUGCCCACUUUCCCCCCGGCUCCUGUCCACCGCUGGAAUGUAACCCUUGGGAGGUUGAGGAUAAUUGAAUACAGCACUCAGGCUGGAAAAAGUUCUCCAUCCCUAACCUAGAAGAUGUGACCUGCCCAUAGUGGGCUUUAGUGGUUUCAUGGCCUGCUUCCGGAGAGUAAUGCUGACUUGUAAGCAGGGUCUUGCAGUAGUUAGCUGUGUGCAGUUGACCCUGCCAGUGCAGGGACGUGCUGCCUUUGCAUCAUGCAAUUUGAAAGGUGCUUCUUGUGAAAGAAGGGGACCCUCUUGGUUGUUCUACUGCUCUCUGAAUUAUGGGGAGUGGUGACCCAAGAGAGGGCAUUUUCUGUGGCAGCUGUCCAUGAAGGGAGGGGGGCAUUUGUCCCCUUCCCCUAACCCCCCUUUUGUUUUUUAAAGAGUAAGUUUCUAGCAUGUGUGGAACCCACGAUACAAGGCAAAAUGCGCAGGCACAAUUCUUGUCGUUUGUUGAGUGAGAAACUUGCCUGCUCCCACUUUUCAGUUCUGUAUGUAUGUUUUAUUCAUUUGACGUAUUUAUUUAUCCGUCCUCCCUUUCCCGUAAAUUUCCUGCAGAUGUCCAUGGUGGCAACCCCUGAACUGUGGAACUACCUUCCCAUAGUCUAGCAUCUCUGUUGCACGGCUUCCAUCGUAUGUGAAGAUGCACCUUUGACAAUUAAGGGGUUUUUUUGCGGGGUUUGUGUGUAAUGGAACCUGCCUUGUUUGGACUUUGCUUUAGAGCUGCCUCAUUUGAUUCUUGCACAUUAUAUUGCUGUAACGUGCCCCGCGACCUCAUGGGGAAAUCCUUUAAAUGAUCAACAAAGGAAUACAAGUGGUUGGAGCUCAGUGAAAGUGACGGUGGGCAUUUCAUUUCUCUGAUCACUACAAAGCAGAAGGUGGACUGGGGUUAUAUUCCGGCUGUCUCAAAACAAUGUCCAAAAUACCUCGUUCUGGAGGAUGGUGCUGUAUUUUGUCCAGGAACAACCUGUUAAGUUUACGUAGAACUGGGAAAAAUGACUAGUUUCCUAGUGAAGUCAGACAUAAAGACCCUUUUGCUUAGCACCUGUGGUUUAUUUUUUUUUUAUUUUUAUUUUUUGAGUCAUUUCCUUUUCCCUCUGUUUUUAAGCUGCUGAUGCAUGCUUCUAAUUCUGCACAGUACUUCCUGCAUGUCUGUCCAUUUACUCCCCCCCCAAAAAAAAUUAAUGUUUUUUUCCACAAAAAUUUAAACACAGAGACAAAUAGACAAACAAACAUAAAUCAUAACCUUAUUAAAAUGAAUCUAAAUAACAUUGUUAAGUGACUUCCUUGUAUCCCCCUGGUUAGAUUUCAUUGCAUCUCAUUAUAACGGUUUUCCAAGUCAAUAUUCUUAUAAAAUUAACUUAAUCACUUAACAUCUUUCUUUCUUUCCAAUUCUGCAUUAAACAUAUUAAUUCAUCACAUUACAUAUUUAAAUCCUAAGCCUAUCUGGUAUUUGCAAGCUUUUCCUAUUUAAUUUAACUUAACAUAUUUAACUAAAUAAUCAUUAAAUUUCGUCCAUUCUUCCUGGUACUCCUUGCAUGUCUGUCCAUUUACAGCCAUCCCAUAGCUGGCUCUUGGGCAGUGCUAGAUGCCAAUGUGUUGUUUUCCCAAUCCAAGUGGAACACAAAAAGCUGCCUGCUGUGUAAUUGAACCAUUGGUCCAUCAAAUUGCGUGUUACCUACAUUGGGGGUGGACUACAAUAUUUUGGCUAAGGGCCGCAUUCUCACAGGGGUAAUAAUAAUGUGUUGGAGGCCACAUGCUGGCAGUGGGCAGGCCCAGAGACACAAAUGCUCUGGAUUAACUACCGUCUUUUUCGCUCUAUAGGACGCACCAGACGAUAAGACGCACCUAGUUUUUUUGGGGGGGGGGGGUUUGGAAACAAGAAAAAAAAAUCUAAAUCCCAGAAGCCAGAACAGCAAGAGGGAUCUGGCUUCUGGGAUAGCCGCUGAAGCCUCUCCCGGGCAGCGGGAUGAAGGCUCCCCCUGCCUGAAAGAGGCUGCACGUGGGUAAGCUGCCCUCUGUACCUUCCCCCAUCUCCCGCAAGAACCGUGUGCUCUUGGGGGCUUUUCUGGGAGGUGGGGGAAGGGACAGAGCCACGCUCUGGGAGGUGGGGGAAGGGACAGAGCCCCCCACUUCCCACAAAAGCCGCACAAAGCCUCCCAGGGCAGCGGGGAGCCUUCAUCCCGCUGCCCUACUGAGGCUUCGCGGGGGCUAUCCAAAAGCCAGAAUAGCUAGAGGGAGUGCUGCGCAGUGGUCCCUCUAGCUGGUCUAGCUUCGUGCGAAACCUCCGCAGGGCACGGGGAGCCUUCAUCCCCGUGUCCUGCGGAGGCUUCUGCAGGGCAGCGGGGUGCGCAGCUAAGCCUGAAGCUAGAACAGCAAGACGGAGUGCUGCACAGCACUCCCUCUCCCUGUUCUGUCUUAGCCGCGCAGCCUGUAUUCGCUCCAUAAGACGCACACACAUUUUCCCUCACUUUUUAGGAGGGAAAAGUGCGUCUUAUAGAGCGAAAAAUACGGUAAUCUGGAAUAAAGACCAACAUGCGUCUUUCACUCACAUGCACAAAUGUUGAAGUGAUUGAUACUGUGGGAGAGGCAACUUGGAGAUGCAAAAAAGAUAAACAGGAGGGGAAGAAGUCUGAUGGGGCAGAAGAAGGGGGCCAUUUCAGGGGCCACAUAAAAUGAUUUUAGGGGCCGUCCAUAUAUAAUCUCCCAGGCCAGGGUUAUCUAUGGCUGGUGCUGACUUUUUGCAUUUUCAGUCGGGGAUUUUUUGCAAUCCCACGACUCCCACCAGGGAUGUCAGGAACUGAACAUGCAUCCCUUUGCAUCCCAAGCAUGCCUUUUACUGCAGAGCUACAGCACUUCCCUGAAGGUGCCUGUACUACACAAUGUACAGAUUUCAUGUCUGGGCUGCCCUCAGCGUCCUCACGCCUGUCAGAAGAAAAGAAAUACACCUUUUGUGUUCACCCACACAGGCACACAAAAAUAAUAACCAACCUGUUUCAGCAUCAUACUCCUAUUCAUUCUUGAAACAGCCAGAAAACUGACGUGUGGAUCUCACUCUGGGGUAAUAUCUGCCUUUUGCAGGCUUUCUCUGGCUGUGGAAUGCCCUCACCCUGGGAGCAUGCCAGACACGGAUGCUUUUGGUAAAGAUCUGUCUCCCUGGGCUCCAUGGUUGUUAUUUUUUAUUACAUUAUGUUUUUGUUUUUAUCUGCUCUUACUGCUAUGACUUGUUGUUCUUUUAAUUCUUGUGGGAUCAAAUGUUGCAGGGCGGGUGGGCUAAAAAUAGUCAAACAAAUACAGAAACAACCCUUUCGAGUCAUCCCUUGUAUGCUUAUUUGUGAGAAAGUUAGGCUGGAUUUGGUUGGCUCUGACGAAUCUCAUAUGAGUGGGAUCGUGCAUAGUAUUACGUCCCGGAAGGAAAAGGGAGUGGCGAGGAAAACCUCUGUAAAUUUUCUCAGUGUGUUCAUUCACAGCAUCGUAAUUUUACAAAAGCACCGUUGUAGGAGUCUGUGGCAUGUUGCUGUCCCUCAGACUGAUUAGCAAUUUUUUUUUGCAGACAGUGCAGGCUUACUUAAAGGAUCUCUUUAAGUAAUUUGUAUAGUGUUCGCAAGUGUUCAAGUAUUUGUCCUUCUUGUAGAUUAUCUAAACCAUAAUCCUUACAACAACCCUUUCCGAUAAAUCAGUACAGUCGUACCUCGGAUCCCGAACACCUUGCCAGUCGAACGUUUUGGCUCCCGAAUGCCGCAAACCCAGAAGUGAGUGUUCUGGUUUGCGAACGUUCUUUGGAAUCCGAACGUCCGACGUGGCUUCCGAUUGGCUGCAGGAGCUUCCUGCAGCCAAUCAGAAACCACGCCUUGGUUUCUGAAUGUUUUGGAAGUCAAACGGACUUCUGGAACAGAUUCCAUUUGACUUCCAAGGUACCACUGUAUUAUCAUACUGCAGGUGAGGGACUGAGGCUGAGACACUAAGGACACUUAGUGAGUUCAUGGCAGACAUAAGAGUCAUAGAAUCAUAGAGGGGAAAGGGACUGUGAGGAUUAUCUAGUCCAGCAUUCCAUUGUUUGUGGAAUAAUGAACAUUACAUCCAAACCAACCCCUUCCACCAGGCUGCAGAGACACAUGCAGCUGAAGCCAGGCCAGUUGGUCAGUCCAAAAGGCAUGGAAGUGCUUUGGACAACCUGAACCAGUCCCCAGCAGUUGUUUAAUACUUCAGAGUAUUUAUUCCACUUGAAUGGCAAGCAUGAGGUGUUUUGCUGAGCAGACAGGGAAUCACAUUGGCUUUCCGCAGAUCAGUACAAGCUGUCUGCUUCCAUGAAAAAUGAUAUACCAAAAUGCUUCUUUCCACAGCUUAUCUUUAGCUUUUGUGUCACGGCUUCUCGUAAUGCAAUAUUAUGGAAGAGCAUUAUGUCGCUGCUUUUUGUGACUUCCAGGGAGCUGCUGCACAUAGUUAGCUGGCUUAAAAUCUCGCCGAAGUCACGUUUUAAGCUGCAUGGCAGGAUCACUGCCAGAAUCCACACGGGGGGGGGGGGGGACAGAAGGGAGAGGAUACUUUGUUGCUGACAGUAAUUAGGUUCCGCCAAAAGGGCACAUUCGUUCCAGGAUGGGGAAACAGGGAUUGAUCCAUCUGCUUUCUGGGAAUAAUCCUUAAAUUAUUCCACACUUACGGUGCUGAUCCUAAAAAAUAGUUACUUGGAAGUACAGUGGACACUCAGGUUGCAAACAUGAUCCAUGCAGGAAGCACAUUCGCAACCUGAAGCAGCGCAUCUGCACAUGCGCGGGUUGCGAUUCAGUGCUUCUGCGCAUGCGCAAAGUGUGAUUUAGCACUUCUGCGCAUGCGCGACCGCCGAAACCUGGAAGUAACCCUUUCCGGUACUUCUGGGUUUUGGCGCGUCCGUAACCUGAAAAAACGCAACCUGAAGAGUUUGUAACUCGAGGUAUGACUGUAAUACCGAGAGGAUUGUAGCUGCAAUCUUUACCUGGGAAUAAGCCUUAUUGAACAUGGUGGGAUUGACUUCUGAGUAAACCAUGCACAGGCUGCAGGCCACACAGCUCGAGUAAGCCUUUUUGAGCAUGACAUGUAUAGGAUUGUGCUGCUACUAAGAAUAUUUAGCUGGAAGUAGCCCUAACUUGAAAUCAGCUGUGUAUGCUUCUCUGAAGAGCAUGAGACUCUUAAUUUCACGUUUGUGGGUUUGAGCCCCACACUGGGCAGAAGAUUCUUGCGUUGCAGAGGGUUGGAAUACAGUCAUACCUUGGACCUCAAACACCUUGGCUCCUGAACAAAUCGGCUCCCAAACGAUCAAAACCUGGAAGUCAGUGUUCCGGUUUUUGAACGAUUUUCAGAAGCCAAACGUCCGGCACGGCUUCUGAUUGGCUGUAGGACAUUUCUGCAGCUAAUUAGAAGCCACACCUUGGUUAUUGAACGGUUUCAGAAGUCAAAUGGACUCCCGAGAUGCAUUCUGUUCGAGAACCAAGGUAGACGACUCUUCCAGCUCUUCCAGCUCUAUGAUUCUAUGAUAUAUUGCGCAUGGACAGAGCUACUGCAUUGUGUUAAUUUCUCAACUGCCAUUUCCAGUACUUGUUGCUCAGUCAAGGCAUUUUAAGGAGCAUAAAGAAUAAAUCUUAGGACUGUCUUCCUGGAGAAACAGAUCUGUUUAAUUAAAUUGUUUUUCCGGUAGUGUUUUCAUCUUCCUCCUUGCAGGAACAAUCUUGAUUGCGGGGGUUUUUAUAUUAGUUUGAUCAAAUCCAAAGAGAUGCCUGGAAUGAACACAUGCUUGAGUUGACCAGAGGUCACAAAAGGCAUUUAAACUCACCCAAGGCACUCUGCUCAUACGGGGUGAGAAGGAUCAAAACUUCAGCUGCCUAAGUGACGUUUUGAGGAAGUUCAGCAGGGCCUGAGGAUUUAACUAAAUCAGAUAUGUCACAUCCCCAAGUAGGAGUCCUUAUCUUCAAGGGACGUGGGCAGGAGAGGCAGGGCAUCCAGGGCCAGCCACAGAAGCAUUCACAGAGGCAGCACUGAGCAUAUGGCACUGUUGUCCUCAGACUUGGAGGACUCCACUGCAGAAGACCCAGGAAGGGCUGAGGUUCCCUUGCUCUGUCACAGUAGGAGAUUAUUCAAGAAGGUUGGGCCCUUUAAGAAGCACAGCAUCUUGAAGCACAGCUGGGGCUAACAUUAAGGCUGCGCCUGCUGAUGCUGUCACGACUGCUAUAUAAAGCAGUGUUUCCCAAACUUGGGACUACAGCUCCCACCAUCCCUAGCUAGCAGGUAUGAUGGGAAUUGUAGUCUGGAAACAGCUGGAGACCCAAGAUUGGGAAACACUGAUAUAAAGGCUCAGUCCUAGCUUGUUUCUUAGCUAGAGCACACUGGCGAUCCAUGCGGCGAUUCCUCGACCGUCCAUGAGCUGGAUCCAGAAGGCAGUUGGGCCUGAUCCGGCCCCUGGGCCUUAGUUUGCCGACCCAUGACAUAGUAUGUUAAACAUCAGUCUUUUUCCAUUUACAGUUGUACCUUGGAUCUCAGACACCAUGGCUCCUGAACAAAUCAGCUCCCGAACAAUCACAACCCAGAAGUGAGUGUUCUGGUUUUUGAAUGAUUUUUGGAAGCCAAACAUCUGACACAGCUUCCACAGCUUCUGAUUGGCUGCAGGACAUGCAGUUUUAAUUGAGUGCAGUACUGCGCCCAGAGCUCAGAAACUGCUCGCCCUAAUGAAAUUCCUUGCUGCAAAAUGCGCCUAGAACAAUGGGAGUUUUGAACACUGAGACAGACCCAAUGCAUGAUCCAACCUGCAGCCAAUCAGAAGCCGCACCUUGAUUUUCGAAUGGUUUGAGGAGUCAAACGGACUCCCGAAACACAUUCUGUUCAAGAACCAAGGUACGGCUGUAUUUCUUCUCAAACAAAACAUCUCUUUCCAUUUCCCUUUUCUUUCUAUUCCCUCUUCUUCAUUUCUCCUUUUUUAAAAUGUUUAAAACAACAGGAAAGAAGGGGGGCAGCCUCUAACUCCAUUGUAAACAACACAUAAAUACAAGUGCAAAACAAACGAUGGUGGUUAUUUAAGUCAUCUUUCUGAGAUAGCAUGCACCAAGUUCUAUUAAAAUGGUAAGAUUAAAGCAUUCCAAGCAGGAACAGAUGUGAGGGUUUUCUAGUGCCACAUUCUAAACACUAAUGUCAGUGCAUUUGCUUGCUGUGAGAUUUUGUUAUAUCUGAGGCUGCAAUUCAGAUAAUUGUGCGACCAGCUCUGUGCAUCCAGUGGGAUUUUCACUCGUUGGGUCUUUGGUUCUCAAACAACCACCUCCUGCAGAAGAGUACUCUGCACAGAAACGUAAUGUGGCCUUAUAGCUGAGGUAGGCUAGACAGACCAGUGUUAGAAGCUGAGAUAUGAAAGCUAGGAGCUAAGUGGCACCUUAAACCGAGGUUAUGGGCGCAACAACGGAAUGUCUAGGCACGCUUUUUUAUAGCAAGAAUACAAAGCUGGAAAUGAAUGAACUGCAGCUAAAAUAUUGUGUUCAUUUCCCACAAAGUCUCUUCUCCAGUCUUUGGAGAGUAGCUGGAACUGGGGAGGCAGAAAAAGGUCCUCCUAGGGAUGCGGGUGGCACUGUGGUUUAAACCACUGUGCCACUUGGACUUGCCGAUCGGAAGGUCGGCGGUUCAAGGCCCCACGACAGGCUGAGCUCCCAUUGUUCGGUCCCAGCUCCUGCCAACCUAGCAGUUUGAAAGCAUGCAGUGCAAGUAGAUAAAUAGGUACCACUCCAGCGGGAAGGUAAACGGCGUUUCCGUGCGCUGCUCUGGCUUCGCCAGAAGCAACUUAGUCAUGCUGGCCACAUGACCCAGAAAAACUGCCUGUGGAAGCAGACAAACGCCAGCUCCCUCGGCCUGUAAAGCAAGAUGAGCGCCGCAAGCCCAGAGUUGUUUGCGACUGGACUUAACCAUCAGAGGUCCCUUUACCUUUACCUUUUCCUUCUACUCUGCAGUUUUAAUUGAGUGCAGUACUGCGCCCAGAGCUCAGAAACUGCUCGCCCUAAUGAAAUUCCUUGCUGCAAAAUGCGCCUAGAACAAUGGGAGUUUUGAACACUGAGACAGACCCAAUGCAUGAUCCAACCAUGCGGUGGACAGGAGGAAAAGCCAGGAAGAGGAAGGAUAUAAGACUUCUGGGGAACUUGUGGAUCCACUGGAGGCUGUGUUGAACUCCCAGCUCCAGCCAGCAUCACCAGAGGACAGAGAUCAUGGGAGCUGAGGUCCAUGCACAUCUGGAGGGUCUACAGGAAGUGGAGGAGCACUACAGAGUAACUGAGCAUGGGAUCUGGGGUACCUUGUAUGAUUAGCAGUAGUGAAUUUCCUGAUAAAGUGAAACUGAAAACUUAGCAGAACCAAAUGAUAGAGGUCAUGAUAAGUGAUACUUUCCUAUACCCUAUAGAUUUAUUUUGCCGUCUGUCUUAACUCUGUCUGGAAAGCAGUGCCUGAGACGCAUUUGGGGGCCAGAAGUAUCGCUCUGCUUAUCCAGAUGUGCUGAGGCUGCUUUUGCUCGGAAACGCUGCAAGUUGUUAAAAGCCUCCUUGUUUGACAUUCAAAAGUAAGGUAGAAUAAAUCCUUUAUAUAAAGAAGCCACAAAUCAUGAGGAAACAGCCACUCCUCUGACUUUCUUUGGCUCCGCCAUGGUGUGAUCUUCAACGGACAUUUCUGACGAGGCUCAGAAGGAACCCUUUUAUAGGUAUGCUACUUUCUGUUUGCUCAAAAUGUGGAACUGCACCAGCCCUUGGUAAAGUCUGUAUGAAGCAAGACACAUGAGCAGCUUGCUUGAUUUCCUGUUUAGAGAAAGUCAGCAAUUACAGUACACUCAGCUGUCAGUUAAUGCAAACUUGCAAGCUGUGAUGGGUAGCCUGAUGGACGUAAACUAGGGAAAUCUGGAUGUAUUGAGCAACCUUGAGCCAUUCCUUGGCUAACCUACUUUGCAGGAUUGCUGUCAGGGUAAAAGGGUGGGGGAAAGCUGUGUACCCUGAUCUCCUUGGAGGAAGUUUGGGGUAGAAAGUAGAUUAGUUUUGCAAAAGCUUUGAAAUAGGUUGCCACUUGUUUGUUGCAAAGAUCGACCUUCCAAAAAAUUAUGGUAUUUCCCCAUUGCCUCCAACUUGUUGAUGGCAUGGAUAGGAGGGCAAUGGUUGGCAUCCGUCUGUCUCGAGAGAAUGGCAGAGUGCACCUUUGCGGGUGAAAUCAAACCGCUGGAAGGUUACAGCGCCCUGCUGUGGCUGUAGAGACCGAUACAGGAGAGACAUGUUUUGUUGCAGCUGGGGCAGAUGGAGGCAUCCGGUUGUGCUGCCUUCAUUGUUGUGGAUACAUGACCUGACUGUCUCCAGGCACCAUGGAGGGACUUCUGCAUUGUGAGGUUGAUGUUGCCUAUUUAAUGAGUAUUCAUUCUGAUUUGUUUGUGGAGAACUUAGGUGACAGUCACAUCCAUGCCAUACAAUUAAAGCACCAAAGAAUCCUGGCAGCUGCAGUUUUACCCUUUGCAGAGUUACAAUUUCCAGCACCCUUAAUGAGCUACAGUUCCCAGGAUUCUUUUGGGGGCAAUCCAUUUGCUUUAAACAUAUGGUGUGUAUGGCUUACAUUGCAUGGAGGCAAGAGUUAUCCCGCACUUUUCAGUGUGUCCCCCCCUCCCAUCAUUCUAUUUACUGCAAAAGUCAGAUCUUGGGGGGAAGCACAUUUGUUGCACAACACCUCCCAAUACCCUAUAGCUCAGCAGUUCUAAUUUUCCAGUAUGUGAUUGACUCUCAUCCAGAAAUAUAGACAGUUUGGAAAUUCCCAUAUGCUCCCUCUGGCUCCUCCUCCAUCCUGUGUGUGCUUCUCUGGUAAAAGUUUCCUGACCUGUCAUAGCAUCACAAUUUCUGCAGUAAUCCUUUUUGUCAAGUGCCGUUUCCUUCUUCCUAGCCUUUCUCCUGGCCAUUUAACUUAUGCUAGAAAGAAAUCAUAAUUUGUUCUUCAAAGAGCUGAAAGUGCUUUGAAAGAGAUUGUGACUUAUGGUGGGAGUACACCUCCCCCUUUUGCCUUUAGUGAACAGGAUUUGUAGGUUUUUCGGUUGUUUGGAGGUGACAGUCAGACAAAAGAAAUAAUGUGUGCGCCCUUUGUAAAUCCUCUUUCAAUUAGUGACAUUGCUGAAGUUUGAAAUUACCUGCUUUGGACUAUGAUAUUCCUGCAUGCGUUAUGCAACCAGACAUUCCCAUGAUAGGUUUUUCUGCAGCUUGAAAUACAAAAACUGAAUUCUACCCAUGCACAAAAUGUGUAUUCAGUCUGAAAAUGAUACGGCAAUAUGAUCCAGUGCAGCCAGUGUCAUGAGGCAAUUUAGAACUGUCCUCUCUUUCUAAAAAUAAUAAUAAAUCGUUGCAGUAAUGCUUGUAAUUGCUGACUCGGUUUUGAACGGAACUACUCCCAAGUCUCUGGCUUUAGAAGUUUAGUUCCGUUGGCUGAUAAUAUGUUGACCCGGUUUGCACAUGCAAAUCCUGGCUUAAUAAACUGGGAUAUGCACAAGCUUCAUGCAGCGGUGCAACUAGAUCAGAGGUUUUCAACCUUUUUGAGUCCACAGCUUCCUUGACCAACUGCAUUCUUUUUGCGGCACCUCUGUGGGGCUCAGGAGCCCAGAUGUGUCACCUCUUGCCUGCAAUGCCUGCAGCCUCUCACCCUUUUUCAAACACCCUUCCUUGUGGAGUGUUCCCUCAGCCUCCUCUCCUCUCCCCUCUCCUUGGGAGUCCUCCAGGCAGCCACUGCUGCUGCCCCUGGUCACUGAGCCCCUACCCCAAAGAGAGGUGCCUCCUCACACUGCCCUACAGGGGCCUGGGAAACAACCCCAGGCCACUCCCAGGCCAGUUCACCUGGGGAGCUUGUAGCCAGGGCUGCUGCAACAAACUGCUGUGCAAGCUUUGGGUGGCAGAGAUGCGAGAGGGCAUCAGAGGAGGGAGGGAGGGAAGUAAAGAGGGACAGAGGCCCAUGUUGGCUGCAGCACCCCUGACCGUCAUUCAAGGCACCCCAGGGUGCCACGGCACACUGGUUGAAAACCACUGAACUAGACGAUUUUGUAGCCUAUUCAGACUGCUUUUGGGGUGUGUGGCUGGUGUAUUCUACAGCAUGUCAUUAACACAGGAGUAGUGAAGUUAUCUGUUAUGUAUUCAGUGGUCUGUGUUUGCCUGAGCUUGAGUCUGGACUAAGGGCUCUGAGCCUUUAUCCAUACACUAUUCUGCUUUAUUAGUUGUUCCAUGAUGUUUCCCCAGUUUUAAUGCAUUAUUGCUGUCUGGAGGGGCAGUCUUGCACUAUAGCACAAUAAAAGCAGGGCAUCUCCUCCACCCCAGAAACAUUUGCGGUAUAAAAAGCAGGAAGUUUUUGCACCGAUUGGAAACAAAACAGAAACUUUUGCAGGCACAAAUAAUACUGAAAGUGGAAUUGAGUAUAAAUACCUUGAUGCCAUCAUGAGCACAAAUCAUCAGGAAUGCACAAGAAAAAAAAGGAUGUCUGGAAGGGGCCCUUGGACCUUGGAUUUAAAUGGUCUUAUAGGGGUCCCCUCUAGAUGCCUAAAUGCAUGACUUUGGUUGUGAAGCACACAGUUCCUAAUUCUAUUCCUUCCACCGUCAUUCCAUGCUUUUCAACUGUUUCUACAUGCCUGUUGUGUUAGAGCACCCAACAAACAAAUCAGUUUGCCGUCUCAGAUUUUCUUUCUUUUUUGUAUAAAAACCCAACAACUCUUGAGCAUGCACCAUUUCACAUUUUAAACUCACUUAAAUCAUAGCACUGUCAUAACUACAGGAGUCAAAUGAGGGGUUUGCUUCUGCUGCCUGCUGCAAAACACAUGUAUUUGGGGACUGGGACCGUUUGCUUGUAGAAGAGGAUAGUACAGUGGUACCUCAGGUUAAGUACUUAAUUCGUUCCGGAGGUCCGUUCUUAACCUGAAACUGUUCUUAACCUGAAGCACCACUUUAGCUAAUGGGGCCUCCUGCUGCUGCCGCGCCGCCGGAGCACGAUUUCUGUUCUCAUCCUGAAGCAAAGUUUUUAACCUGAGGUACUAUUUUUGGGUUAGCGGAGUCUGUAACCUGAAGCGUAUGUAACCCAAGGUACCACUGUAGAUGUUUAAAGUCAAAAUAAUAAAAUGAGCACCUGUAAUUGGCGUUUGAAAUUCACCAGGUGCAUUUUGCACCUUGCUAUCGGCCACUUGCGACCGAGUGAAGAUGCCUGGGCCCCAGGAUGGUGGUUGACAUCAAAACCUGUUCUGUCACUGAGCCCCAACCAUUCCCCAUUACAGUGGACCCUCGGGUUACGUUACCUUCAGGUAACGUAACUUUCAGGUUGCAAACGCGGCAAACCCAGAAGUAUAUACUUCCGGGUUUCACCAUGCACAUGUGCGCAGAAGCACUCUAUCAUGCUGCGUGCAUGCGCAGAAGCGGUGCCUCAUGUUGCAGACUUUUCAGAGUAUGUACGGACCCCCAGAAUGAAUUAAGUUCGUAUCUGAAGGGUCCACUAUACUCUGCAAUGUCAUAAGACUCCGCCCAGAACACUCUGUGAUGUCAGAGAAGUUCAGCCAAUACCUGUGAGGGAUCCUGUCUUUUGUAUUGUCAGCCCUGUACUCUCUCCUGUUCUUCCCUUGGUUUGGUUGUGCGCUCUCUCUUUUUCUUUCUCUCUCUCUCUCUCUCUCUCUCUCUCUCUCUCAUUUUACCUAUACAAAGGCAACAAGGUACCACCUGUUGUUUCCUCCCCCACCAUUUUAUCCGCACAACAACCCUUCAAACCAGGUGAACAACGCCAUUGUGUUACAGGACAGCAACAAUGGCAUUCCUUAAACGUGGCUUGAGUAUGCUUGUAGACCUUGAGAAAGAUGGCGUGGUCCCUGCUCCCCAGCUGAACCAGUAUUUGAAAACAGCCCAUGUGGCGUUUGGAAGAUUGCUUGUGGCCUCCUGUGUGCAUCUAAAACUAAAAACUGAACAAAUUAAGAGGCAUGCAUGCAAGCAUUCCUGAUCCCUUCCCUCCCUAACAACAGGAAAGGGAGGGCGUCUCCAGACCAUGAAGGGAGAGUCAAUUAGGCAUCUUUCCAAGAUUCAGAGAGGCAAACAAUUAUCUGAUUUUCUAGAACAACAACAAUUAAUCCUUUUACCCACCAUCAUCAUGUGGAGCUCAUUUCAGUCAUCAUGAGCCACUGUGGUGUGGGGGUGUGCAACUGACAGACCCACUUAUUCUCCAGCCCUCUUCAUGGAAAACUACAUGGACCAAUAGUAUGAGGUGAUAAAAUUAAGGUUCCUCUGCUGCUAUGCAAAUAAUCACCCCACAUUAUAAAGUGGGCUUUGCCAGCUGUGUGACUGUUACUGGCUUGUUAACUCGAUUCCUGUUCAAGAUUACAGAUAAUUGCAACUCAGGCCAUCACGCAUGGAGGAAAACAUCCUAACCGGCAAAUCACAAUAAUAUUUCAAUCCGGUUAAAAGGUUGCUCAGACAGAGAACGUGAAAAGAACACACAGCAUCACUGAAACCUUUCCCAACCUGGAGCUCUCGAGAUCUCAGACUACAACUCCCACGAGCAUGGCCAGUGGUCAUGAAUGAUGGGAGUGGUAGUCCUAAACCUGUGGAGGGCACCAGGUUGGAGGUGCUUUGAUAAGCUGUGUUGAUAAAGUGAGAUGGUAUCGUACAGUUCUGCAGUAUCCUGUUGUUAGAAUGGGAUUAGGAACGCUGCUUAUUUGGCACUACAGAAUGAGAAUUUGGACUUUAAAUGGGUCAAGUAAUCUGAUCCUUAAACACAUUCUUGAAAAGUUUCCAGUUCCUUCCAGCUCGUUGUAUGAUUUCAGAGUUUAGAUUCCAUGUCCCUGAAUGUUGAUAUUUUUGAAACUGUGAAAUUUUUCAGUUAUGAUCAACAAAACGAAAAGUUGCUCACCAAAGAUAAGAGUCGAGUUGGCAAAAAGUGCAGGAGUUUCAAAAGAGGAGAUGCAUUAGUCAGCGUUUCCCAUCCCACUCUGAACAGAAAGUCCUCACAGAACUUGACAAAGGGCGUUUUGUCCUGGCCUGCAUCCAUCUCCCUACACGCAGGAACUCCAAACGGCUCCAGUAGGAGGUUCUCUUGGUUGCUACUAUAGAAGGAACUCAAAAUCCCAAAGAGAUAAGAAACAGUAAUGUCUCUGCCAAGCUAGGUAGUUCCAGAAAGCUAAGUGUGGUAGCUGUAUGGGUGCAAGAAGACAGAAAGCACCGUGGCUUGCUGUGGUGUGCUACAUUGGUUUUAGCUUUCAGUAUAAAGUGUGCUGAAGCAAAAAGGGAAAAAAAAAAACAACCCCAGCCACAGCUCAGUGGGAGAGUAGAUGAUUUGCAAGUAAAAGGUCCUUGGUUCCAGUGUUUGAAAUUAGCCAGGUGCCAGGCGCGUUUUGCACCUGGUUAUCGGCUACUUGCAACCAAGUGGAGAUGCCCAGCUCCAGGAUGGUGCCUGACCUCUCCACCAUCUGGGGAUCAUUGGAUCUUGACUGUUUUCACGCACUAAUACGGCAUCCUGUAGAUUCUAUCAGUUAUAUUUCAUCUGCACAAUCUGAAUCAAUUUCACGAAGCAAAAUGCUUUUUCUGUGCAGCCUAAGCAGGAGCAGCGAGCAUCAGUAUAGUGAAUUGUUGUCUCUUGCCUUCGCUUGCCCCACCCCACUGCCCUGAUCGCAGUUGUGAAUAAUAUUCUUAUAUUAUGAAUGGUCCGUGUUGCCAUUAAGAAAAUGAGGUCUGAAUAAAGGUAAAGGGACCUCUGACCGUUAGGUCCAGUUGUGACCGACUCUGGGGUUGCGGCGCUCAUCUCACUUUAUUGGCCGAGGGAGCCAGCGUACAGCUUCCGGGUCAUCUGGCCAGCAUGACUAAGCCACUUCUGGCGAACCAGAGCAGCGCAUGGAAACGCUGUUUACCUUCCUACCGGAGCAGUACCUAUUUAUCUACUUGCACUGCAUGCUUUCGAACUGCUAGGUUGGCAGGUCUGAAUAGGCCAAUAUAUAUGUGGACUGUCCCCGGAUCAAGUGACUUUUCCUCUUUAAGUUCUCAGAGUUCUUAACCUAGCUCAAGGUUGUCAUCUGAACUAGCCAGAUAAUCAAUCCAAAAUCAGACUUGGGAGCCGUAUUGCCCCCAAAUGGCAACUUGACGUUCCAUUUUGGUUUAAGGAGUCAUUUGGCACCUAGCUUAUUUAUCUGAGUUUCUAACAUGGCUUGGUUCUGUCCCCAGGAUCUCCAGUUAGAGAAAGACCUCCCUCCCCAUCUGACAAUCUGGAGAGCCAUUGCCAGUUUGUGUGGAUACCAUACUGAGCAAAAGGGACCAGUUGUCUGACUCAGCUUCUGAUGCUUCUAACCUGGCCCUGCAAAUGGAACGCAGGCAUCCUGGGUCUGCCCAUUUGCUUUCUCCCAAUAUUUGAGAAGCAGGAGCUAUGUUGCAGCAGUGCAGGCUUUUUCCUGGAUGAAUCCCCACUUAACAUUUCAAGGUGUGGCACAGUAGCACAAGGAACACCAUCAUCUGCUUGCUGCUCUGUGCAAGUUUCAAAAGUGGCUACAGGAUUAGCGCAAAUGAUCAAAUCAGUAGAGCCUGGAGCUGAUUCAGACAGUGUAACUAAGGGUGUAUCCUUCAGGGGACUGGAAAACGACAUGUCUCCCACCUAUGUUCUGACAUUUAUUCAGUCAACGAAGAGCCAAAUCGUUGAUCAGAGGAUCUAGAAUGCUAGCUCUGCAAAAUCUGCAGGAAGGAUCAGGUUUCAUGGACAGCAGGUUAUAUAGAUUACAAUCCUAAGCAUUUUUAUUUCUGCAAAAGUCCCAUUCAGAUCAACUUGGCAAGCAGAUAUUGUUAGUUGCAGAUUUCUAGCACGUCAGGAUUAUUACCCCAUGUACAUGCCUUGUCUGUUUCCCUUUCAUUUACCCUAGCAUAGGUAAGGUAAAAGUGCCCCUUCUCCACUUGUGAUUGAAAAUUAUCCUACAACAUUAUAUAAAAAGCAUUGCAACCUCUGAAGAGCCCACAGCACUACAAAGCCUUCUUAACUGUUCAACUACUGGGCAUUGAGUGAAAGCAAUUGAAAUGCAUUUGGAGCGUUUAAAUCCUGGGCAAUAAGGCAUCAGGUUUAUUAUAGGCCAGGUCUAUAAAUUAAGAUAGCAAGCUCUCUAAUUCUUUAAUGAAGUUAAAUGCUUUCGAGAUUAAUAUGGGAAUCAGCUCUGAGUGCUGCACUCAGUGACUUCUCCAGAUGACACUAUAAAUCACACAUAGAAACACCCAUGUGCAUCUAAUACUCAGAGGUAGCUGCUUUGGCACUGAGCAAAAAGUAGUACUGUGAAAUCAGAGUACAAUUAUGCCAGGGUGGAUUAUUGCAGAGUUACCAGUUUGGUUCAAGAUGCUUUUGCAUAGCAGGAAGCGGGGAAACAAUGGCUCUUCAGGUCUGGACUCCAAUGCCCAUCAGCUCCAUUCAGCAUAGCCAAUAGUCAGGGAUGAUGGAAUUUGUAGUCCAGGGCCACUGUGUAGCAUUAGCAAUUGGCUGGACAGCGUCGCCUGCAAGCAUCCGACCAAAAAAGUUGGGUGUGUGAUGUGGUGGUUCUGUAUCCUCUGAGAAAUAGACCCUAGGAUUAGCUAAAGGGAGAUUUGGAUUUGAAGUUCUGUCCUAUGUGUGAUUUCUUUCAUGCCUCGCCUUCCUCUUUAGGUGAUCCUUUUUUGUGCUAGAAAUAAGCCGAAAGAGGGAUAUGCAUACACAAGGUGAGAGUCAGAAAGAAUGCUUCAUCGGAAGAAGUCUCAUUGUUCAAACUGUAAUUCAGCCAUGUGGCUUUUGCUAAAUGAUGAGACACAAAUUUCUAAGAAACAAGAGGUUAACUAGCUGUUCCCUUCUGCAGAUGUCGACUCAGAUGUAUCUCCUCUAUGGUGCUUAUUUCCAGGUAAAUGUGCAUAGGAUUUCAGCCUAUGUUGGAACUUUUGAACUAUAAGAUAAUGGACAGAAGUGCUGAGAUAGCAGGAAAGGGGCCAUCAAUACCAGCACUAAGGCAUGUAGUAUCAGCAGAAACAUCUGUUGCACUUUAUUCUUGUUCAGGCUGUGUAGCAAGUUUAAUUUCUCUGUGUUUUUGCACAUGCAUACUUUUAAGUUUUAGGUACACAAAAACAUUCAGAACAGUUUUCCUAGAACAGCGGUUCUCAACCUGUGGGUCCCCAGAUGUUGUUGGACUACAACGCCCAUCAUCCCUGAGCUCUGGCCUUGCUAGCUAGGGGUGAUGGGAGUUGUAGUUCAACAACAUCUGGGGACCCACAGGUUGAGAAAGGCUGUCCUAGAAGCAGUUGGCUGCCGUUUUUCAGCUGGCUUUCAAAAACACAGAAUUGUCAUGGCCCCAGACCUGGAAUCUACGGAAGCAGGGUCCUCCAAUGAUGUGAGCCUCAAGGAGAUGGAUCCAUUCCUUGGUCCAUGUCAUGCAGAACUGCUGUCACCAGAGCCCACACCUCCUUCCCUAAACCUUCAAGAGACCCCUCUUUCACCAGGCUCUGAGGUUGACCCACAGAUGACUUAGAGGACCAGGAGAGCCCCGAGAUGUCCCCACAACUUGAAACUCGGGACCCAGAAGAAGCCAAUGGCUGCAGAGGAAGGCCGUGGGACUUUUAACCAGUCAGAUUCAGGAGGCUGGGUCUCUAGUUAAUGAAUACCUAACACAGGCAAUAAGGAUCUGCCGCUGAUGAGACACUUGUAUGCUUUGCCUCAGCUGCAGGAUCGCUAACUGUGGUCCUGAAAUCCAUGUCUAGGCUCUUCUCCCAAGGUGCUGAUCCUGCUUCACCUCACCUUCCUGUCUGCUUGCAACCAUAUGAAUACUGACCUUUCCCCUUUUGGGGGUCAUAACCUCUUUGUGGUGGUAGGCGUCCCCAUGGAUCAGGACAAAAACAAUCCUUCGCCCAGUUCUCCAAAACAGUAGGGAAACCUGUGUCUGGACUGUACCAUCUGAGACUGCAAGUGGGAGUUCAAACUAUUGAAUGCUUCCCUUAUCAAAAAUAAAAAGACACCCCCCCCAAAGAAAAAUAGGUGAUGAGAAGAAUACAGUUCUACUCUAACAUUCUCCCUUGGGGGCUAAUUUUCUAUAGGAAUGUUUAUUAUAGAAGGUUUCCAUAAUGUAGGGAUGGAGAAUCUGUGGACCUCUAACACCCAUUAGCCCUAGCCAGCAUGGCCAAUGGUCAGGGAUGAUGAGGGCUGAGGGUACCACAAAAUCUGGAGGGCUGCAUGCUUCCCAUUCCUGCUAUAAUUGAAGCCUCCAGCUCUGAUCUGAAGUAGUACAGUCUAGACAAGCCUAUCACCUCAUCUGCUACUUGUGAGACAUAGACCUUAAUUGUGCCUUCUUUGUACCAUAUUGUGUAGAGUCAUAAUCUUGAUCCUCUGCCCAUCUAGUUCAAGACCAGAAAAUUUCCACUUGCUUCACCGAGCCAGGAUCUGUUCCCAAAGCGCCGUCCUGAAGUCAUUUUGGGCAUUGGGCCAGACCCUUAAGAGGUGAUGGCUUUGCAGAUCAUUUGCAGCUUAUCAGCGCGGUGCCAAAAUACUUUGGGAGAAAUGGCUAACCUUGCAGCUACUUCUUCAAACAAAUUAGAUAUGUAUAAGCUUCUAGCCUGAGCUUCAAAACCCCCAGAUUUUGUUUUAUUUUUUGAUCUGGCUACCAUCCUCAUCCCUUGCCUGUCUCUCUUCUGAGAACAAUUCUGCAACCAAGCCUGUUUUCGUCCUGAAGACUCACCCAAGUGCUGUUCCCUUGGGACGCCAGUGGGCAGAAGAUGAAUGAAUUAAUUUUCUUCUUAUCCAGGAACGCAGGCCAUAUGGACCUCCUGAAGUCUGACGUGUACUUGCAUCUCCAAAGGCAAAAAUACUUAAUACUUCCUUGCUGUCUGGACAGCUUUUCUUUAUUUCCACUGAUGAAAGCUAAUUAGAAAAACACAGAAUUCAAAGAGACCAUUUUAGAAUCUGCAGCUAAAUUGCUUCCCUCCCAAUUCCCUGCCUCAAGCUCAUUAUCUUAUUUCCCCUUAAUUUGUUUAGGAAAUGUUGGGUUUGCUGGUGCUUCUGUUUGCCCAGUGGGGGAGAGCAUUGAUCUCUCUUUGUGUAAGUUCCUGAAGUCAGGGGAGUCAGCAAGGAGGCAUCACCAAAGUUCAUGCGUAUGUAGAAGUCUCUGACGUCUGCAUCGCUGGAUUGUGUCUUCCUGCAGGCCUGAACAAUGUGUCCCUGCACAACUUAGGACCAGGGUACCUCAGGGAUGUCCUAAAUCCUUAAAUCCCAGCUCGAUCACUGAGAUCUUCUGCAGAUGUGUCAUUGGUCGUUCCCUGAGUUGGUGAGGCUCGUUUGACAACAACGAGAAGCAGAGUCUUUGGUGUCAUCAACUCAGUCCUGUAGAAUACUCUGCCAACAGAGUUUCAGCAGGCAACUUCUGUGCCAACUUUUAAAUGCCUGCUGGAAACUUUCACAUUUUGCCGGGCAGGUGCAGGCAAUUAAGGACACUUCCUUCCACAACCGUUAAUUGAUGUCUGUUUUUAACUCUUUUAUGGCCUUACUGUAUGGUUUUUUUGCUGUCAGCCACUUUGAUAAAUUGCUGUUAUUGUGACACAGUUGUACGCACAUAUUUAAAUAAAUAAACAAAUAACUUCUAACAAGCCAAAUUCUUGUACAUUUUGCCUCGUGUCUCAAGUCCUACAAAUGCUGGAAAUGUACUUUCUCUUUCUAAAGAAAGCUGAGAAUCUGAGGACCCUGAUUCAUUCAGGGGAGAACAACUCUUAUCUUGCUGAAGCUCUCGUAGUAUCUGGUGGGGCAAGUCCUAGCUCUAGACUUCCUGUACCAAACAGAAAGUUGAUUUAGGCUCCCUCCAAAAUUAUUGAUUCCAUGAUACGGAAACAACAAUUUGAAAGGGGCUUUGAAAGACUCUGUUUGCUUGGUUUGAAACACCACCCUUAGCAAGGAGUAACUUGUUUAUAGAAAAGAAAUUGAGAGUAAGUAGAGAUUUUCAGAAAUCCAAAUGGGGUGUCGUGGAAUCAUAGGGUUGGAACAGAUCUGAAAACAAGAGUCUUGGACCAUCCACCCCCAUAUUCCCUGGCCCAGUUCACACAGACCCAGACCACAGUUCUGAGAACAGAUACAGUGCAGCAAAGGUACCCGUGGAUUCACAGAGACCGUGCAGAGACAGAAGUGCAGAGAGCAAUUACCGUAUUUUUUGCACCCUAACACUGACUUUUUUCCUCCUAAAAAGUAAGGGGAAAUGUCUGUGCGUGUUAUGGAGGGAAUGCCUACGGGUGGCAUGCCUACGGAUUUUCCUCCUCUAAAAACUACGUGCGUGUUAUGGUCGGGUGCAUGUUAUAGAGCGAAAAAUACGGGUAGGUUUGUGUAGCCUGUGCUGCUGAAUCCUCUAAUGAAUUGAUUCUGUUCUCCCAGGGGAGUACAGGAACUGCAGAAGCAAGAGACCUCGUGCUUUCCCGUAACUUUUGGCAGAGCUUUACCAAACCAUUCUUCAAAGAGGAAAGCAAAAAUAAGAGGGGAGGGGGGAGAAAUAAAUCAUCCUCCAUUUUCUGUGCAGUUCACUUCGUGGUCUUUUGAACGAUAGCAUGGAAUAGGAUUGUUGUCCUUUGAGAAAAGGUUAGACGGCUCUUUCUGCUGUGUCUGGCAGUUUGUCUCCCUCUCCAGUGGAAUUGCAGUGCAGGUGGGCAGUUGUGACCUUUCAAUUCAAGCACUUUGCUUACAUGAGCACCGAGCGCAGAUUUUUGCACAUGAUAAUAGCUUCUGGUGCACCUGCAUUUUCAAGUGAUGUCCUUGACCGGCUAAUGUUCUGCGAUGGGGAUUUUCAGGAAAAUGUUGAACUGGGUCCCCCUCCCAUGCUUAUCUGGGCACUUUGCUUCAGGAAUUUUUCUGAUGCCCUCCUAGAGAGUGAUCUAAUGUUCGCUUUAGCCUUGCUUAGCAAGCAAAGCUAGAAACUGAAACCUGCCGUUCUUGCCCGAAUACUGUAUUUGCAAUUGGCAUCCAUUCAUUUUUGCUAAUGAGCUUGUGAAACAAAAGGGGGGGGGAAUCCUCCCCACAUUGCUUCUAAUGGUGUCCAGAGUUUGGAUUUCAACACUAGUCCUGGAAUCAUCAGAGUAUCAGAGACUUUUGAAAUUGUGAAUAUGAACAUAAGAGGUAUUCGUAACCCAGUUGAAUUCCACAAGCAAAGGAAUGCAAUUUUGCAGCUUAAAAAAAUGCUUUGUACGUAAGCUGAGUGCAGAUCUCUGUAAUAUUCAUUUAGCAUCCUACUUAUGCUACUGAUGAUGUGAUAAAAGGUGUCCACCCCCCCAAAAAAACACACCUGUUGAGGCCUUGGAAGGGCAGUGACCAAUGCUCUGCUUUUCUAGGGCAUAAUACCAGACUGGAGCUAAUUUAUAUGUACGUUCCUCAGGGCUACUGGAUUUAGGCACUACCAUAAUGGCUUGGGAAGAAGCCACAAGUGAGCAGUAGAUGUGAAGUUGCCUUAUUCUGAGUCAGAUAGUUGGCUCAUCUAGAUCAAAGUUGUCUACCCUGGCUGGCAUAAGCUCUCCAGGGGUUUUGAUGAGAGAUUUUCCCAGUUGUAACUGGAGAUAGCAGAUACGGAAUCUGGGAACUCUUGCAUGAAAAACAUCCACUCCACCAUGGAGCUGAUAUACAUUGGGCCCCCAAGAGCUUCUGGAAAAGACAGACAGGAGUCUCCUCAGUUGGGACAGACAGGUAGGUUGAGUAGCUGGGGUCCAUAACCAGCCCAUUUUAGAAUGAGGCAGGUCCCAUUCAGACAGGUCUGGAAAGCAAGGUUUUGAAUUCUAAGGAGCAAUUUUCCUAUUAGGACAGGUCAGACUUGGGAAGCCCUGGCCUGAUAACUCUUAAGACCCCAACAGAAUUUCCAAGUUUGGAAAGAACAUUUGAUGCACUCACUUAUAACAAGGGUGGCCAGCGUUGAACUUCAACUCCUAUCAGCCUGCCUUGGUCAGGAAUGAGGGGAGCUGUAUUCCAGCAACAUCUGGGGCACUGAGUUGCCUUGUGAGGUUCUCAACAAAUCAGAGAGCCAGCCUGGGAAACCAACCACUUCCUUGGGAAGUUCAGUGGAGAGACUUGGGAAGAGCUGAUGCUACCAAGGACCUCCUGAUUUGAUGACUUAGCAACACCUGCUUCUAGGUUUCAUGGGCCAGGCCGUCACAUCAGUGCGAAUUUCUGUGAUCUCCUUGAACAGAGGAGGAAAACGGGUCUUUUCACUUUUUAAGUAACGUGGAAUGAAGUAAGGAGAAUGAGAAGCACCCUAACCAUUUCACCCCGCCUCCCUUCGCUGUCUUUCAGGACGAUGAUUCCUAUCACUGAAUUCCGCCAGUUCUCUGAGCAGCAGCCAGCCUUCCGGGUGCUGAAGCCAUGGUGGGAUGUCUUUACAGACUACCUUUCCGUUGCCAUGCUGAUGAUUGGCGUCUUUGGUUGCACGCUGCAGGUAAACAAACAGGAAUGCAAUCUGAUUCUGCCAAGGUAGGGCUGGAAAACUAUUCCCAAGUGCUAGCAGAGUUGGUCAGAGUGGAAGACAGAUAGUCACAAUUUCUAUUAUUAUUAUUAUUAUUACUACUACUACUACUACCACCACUACUCCUACUACUACAGUCGUACCUUGGUUGACAAACACCUUGCGACUCAAACGUUUUGGCUCCCAAACACCGCAAACCCGGAAGUGAGUGUUCUGGUUUGUGAACGUUCUUUGGAACCAGAACAUCUGACAGAGCUUCUGCAGCUUUCGAUUGGCUGCAGGAGCUUCCUGCAGCCAAUUGGAAGCCGCACCUUGAUUUCUGAAUGUUUUGAAAGUCGAAUGGUUUCCGUUCAACUUCCGAGGUACGACUGUACUACUAAUCCUUGGUUAAAUAAUACAGGAGAGAAACUACUAAAUGGAACCUUUCCAUUUUUUAAAAAAGUGCUUAUAGCUUGGAAUCUAAUCAAUGAACAGAAUCCACAUGGACAUUCUUUUUUUAAAAAAACCUGCCCACAGUUCUUUUGGCUCCCUGCUGCUAAAAUUCACUCCACUUAAAAGUUCUCAAAAUACACCUGAAAGUCGCAAAAUGAAACUUCAGAAUUUGUUGUUUCCCCAUCAAGUCAAAACGCAAACAAUUAAGAAGCUUUGAGCCUGAUCCAUUUUCUUGCUUGGCAAAACCAAGUUUAUCCUCCCCUCCCUCCACUUUUGUGUGUGAUACUUUCUUAAAUAGCUUGAAUUCUUUGAAGGGAAAAGCAGCACCCAUUUCUGGCUCUCUCCCUCUUCUUCCCACCAUUUGGCAAUGUCUGGUCUUAUUUUUCUCCCUUGGUUCUGCUUAGAGAUGACAUGGCAGUGUUUGUUUUAUUUAAUGCCCCCUAAUUAAUAAAUGUUCCCGAAAGGUAAAAUAACGGAAAGUCUUAAUGGCUUGGCUGUUAACUAAUAACUCAUAUUAAUUCCACAAGGUUUAGCUGAAAGUUUAAACAACAUCAGAUUGUCCGGACUUGUUUAGGGUGGUCUCUACAACAGUGUCAAAAGUUUUGUAACAUUCUGUUGGACUAGAAUUAUGAGGAAGCCCCUCUUGAACCAGGAAAACUGUACCUAAGGAAGUUGAGAGAUGUUCUUUUGAACCAUAUUAGGCAUUACAAAACCAAUCCAUUCCCCUUGGGGGCAACAGGUUGAGGUUUAUAUUUCUUUUUCCAUCUCUUGGUCUUUUCUGGGUUGGAUCCACACGGACAGCACAAUCCUAACCAGGUCUCCUCAGAGAAGUCCUAUCGAAUUUAAAAAAGGCUUAAUCCCAGUUAAAUGGGAUUUCAAGUUAGCCAGGUCCCAUCUGCACCGCCCAUCAUACCACCUUCAGCAGUCAUUGCUUCUUCCAAAGAAUCUUGGGAACUGUAGUUUUUAUUGAUCCUGAGAGUUGUUAGACCCCUAUUGCCCCUCAAAGAACUACAAUUCCCAGGGUUCCUUGGGAAGAGUGACUGGCUGUUAAACCACUCUGGUAAUUGAAGCUCUGUGAGGGUAAUAGGGCUCUCCUAGCAACUUAAAACCUUAGAGUUGGAAGGGACUCAAUGGUCAUCUAGUCCAACCCCCUGCAAUGCAGGAAUCUCAGCUAAAGCAUCCAUGACUGAUGGCCAUUGACCCUUAACAAACUACAGUUAAAGGAUAAUGGUGGGGGGAGCCAUUUUUAAAGUGGUAUGAAGCUGCUUUAAAUGUGUACUGCAGAAGGGGACUCAAAAGUCAGUGAUUUCAAUGGGUCUGAUCUGAUAUACCGGUAAGUACAGUGGUACCUCAGGUUACAUACACUUCAGGUUACAUACGCUUCAGGUUACAGACUCCAUUAACCCAGAAAUAGUGCUUCAGGUUAAGAACUUUGCUUCAGGAUGAGAACAGAAAUUGUGUUCCAGUGGCACGGUGGAAGCAGGAGGCCCCAUUAGCUAAAGUGGUGCUUCAGGUUAAGAACAGUUUCAGGUUAAGAACGGACCUCCAGAACGAAUUAAGUAUUUAACCCGAGGUACCACUGUAUUACUAAGUCUGGAUCCAGCCCUGUAGUGCCCGUGGUUAUCUUACAGUUAAUUAAAUUAGAGACUGUGCUUAAUAUUAGCAAAUAUAAUAAUAAUAUUAAUAAUAAUAAUAAUAAUAAUAAUAAUAUUUUUUUAUUUAUACCACACCCUUCCCGGUUCAAAAACUGGGCUCAGGGCGGCUAACAACAAAUUUAAAACACUUAAUUGUAAAAGCAGCAUAAAAUACAGUAUAAAAACAUGAAUAACAAUAAAAUUCAAAAUUCAGAAAUCAAUUUAGGGGAAAUAAGCAUUAGAUAAUCACCAGGGCCAGCUGGCUGAAUUGGUCCUACUUGGGCCAGCGAAUAGGCCAGGGGAGAAUUAGCUGUGGGGUCUCAGAGCGGGUAAUCUUCAUAAAAGGGGAGGGGGAGGGAAGAGAAAGGAAAUCAAAGAUCAGGCUGAAUUCAAAUUAAAGGCCAGGCGGAAUAGCUCUGUCUUACAGGCCCCACAGAAGGAGUUUAAAUCCUGAAGGGCCCUAGUCUCAUGGGACAGAGCAUUCCACCAGGUUGGAGCCAUCACUGAAAAGGCCCUGGCUCUGGUGGAUAGUCUGACUUCCUUAGGGCCCGGGACCUCUAAACAAUGGUUAUUCAUGGACCUUAAGGUCCUCUGCGAGGUAUACCAGGAGAGGCGGUCCCGUAAAUAUUAGCACAUGACUCCCCUCCAAAAAAAAUCAUGGGAAUGGUGGUUUCACCCUCACAGCACUGCAAUUCCCAGCAACCUCAACAAACUACAGUUCCCAGUUUCUUUGGGGGAAGCUAUGCGCUGUAAAUGUGCACCGAAUGUGCUUUAAAUGUACAUUGCGCAUCUGCCCUCAGGAACAAACUGAGCUGUGUUCAGGUUGCUCAUUUUGACCUCGUGGCGUGGCUGCCUGCCUCUUUCUUGGCUCUGGCAGUUCCUUCUUUUUGCACUACCAUAUCCUUAAACUAUUGCAUGAAUACACUGAAAAUGGAUCUUGUUUGGCUAUAGAAGCCACCAGCCAGUUCUUUUUUUUUUUUUUUUUUUUGCUGAAGUAAGCACACUCAGAAUGUGCAAAGCGAGCACAGCUCCGGGAAAUGGCAUGUGAGAAUGCAAAUAUUUGCAUUCCUGCCUAUUGCUAUUUUAUAAAUGCUCUUUCUAGAUAGCAAGCUGUGCCUUCAACCGAAGCCAAUGAGGAUUUUUCCUCCUGGCAUGAAUCUGUGAUCGCUCAAGUAAUGCCAGUAGCCGAGACCAAUCCAUCAUCUGCAGUGUCACUGUUAUUGAUAACAGUGCUAAAUAUUUAAUUUAGAGGGUAGAAUCCUGCGAGGUGUCUGGUUCCCUGUCAGACACAUGACAGUUGAAAGCACCCAAGGAGCCUUGAGCACUCCGUAAUGGUACAUUACAGCUGCAUUUUCGGGUUGCGCCGUCCUCGGAAACAGCGCCAGACUAAUUGUACUGGGGAUGGAAAAAGAAAUUUGUCAUCCGCAGAACUGUGGUGGUAUAUAAGCACUGAUGCAAUGAGUCAUUUCUCCACUGUGUUCUGAAGGGAACUAGACGCUUCUCCACAUGUGUGGACUUCUUCCUUGGCAAAGCCUUCUCAUCUGUCUUGUGCAUAUUCGCCUUGAAAGGGCUGUGAGCAUCCACUCUGUGUGGCAGUGGACAGAACAGCAGCACAGUAGUGGCAGUGGCAUAACAUGGGUUGCCAGCUCCCGGGGCUGUGCGGAGGGUGUGGGAAUGGGAGGGAAAUGGAUAGAGUACGCAAACAGCGUCGGCAUCACCCAGGAAAUGACAGCCGCAGAGAUAAGAAAAGAAGAGGCAUUCUGUUGUCACUUUCUGGUUUGCAUUUUCAACGGAGCCAAGCAACAGAAGAGCGUGUAUUGAGGCAGCACCGGGGGUUGACAUUUUGCACCCCCUAACAAUUUCGCACCUGGGGCAAUCACCCCUGUGGGGCCCCCCAUGUUACACCACUGAGAGGUGGUAGAUUGUAGCGGUUCCUAAUAGCUGUUUGACUUAAAGCAGCCCACUCCAACUUGGGGCCCUCCCUUUGUUUUGGACUACAGCUUCCUGGAUAGCUCAGUUGGUAGAGCAUGAGACUCUUAAUCUCAGGGCUGUGAGUUCCAGCCCCAUGUUGGGCAAAAAAAUUUCUGUGUUGCCGGGGAUUGAAAUAGAUGAUCCUUGUGGUCUCUUCCAACUCUACUAUUUUGUGAUUCCAUCAGUGCCAGCCAAGGUGGCUUUGGGUUCUGAUUUAUUUAUUUGAUGCAUUUCUCUCCCACCAGACCUCCAAGCAGCUCAGGUACAUGGUCCUCCCCCUCUCCAUUUUACCCUCACAACCACCCUGUGAAGUAGGUUAGGCUGAGAGACAGUGACUGGUCCAUGGUCACCCUGUGAGCUUCAUGGCUGAGUGGGGACCAGAACCGCAACCUCCCAGGUCUUAGUGCACCACUGUAACCCAGUGUUUCUCAAGCAUGGUUCCCUGGCUGUUGUUGGACUACAACUCCCAUCAUCCCUGACCACUGGUCCUGCCAGCUGGGGAUGAUGGGAGUUGUAGUCCAACAACAUGAGAAACACUACUCUUGACCACAGCGCCACUCUGGCUCUCAUAUAACCUGAAAGAAGUGGGGAUCCUCUAAUCUACUACAAAAAUCUUGAGGUGGAGUAGAUUGAAAAUAUAUUAUUUGUAAAUGUGCAAUUUAAAGAAGCACAGUACUGUGAGUUUCUGUGUUCAUUCCCACGGCUGCUUGAUUCUAGUACCAACAAGUAAGGGACAUGUCAGUGGUCAAAAUAUUAUGAUAGCACCACAGGCCAUAAAUGUAUGGUGUAGACCAUUCCCUUAUUCUUUGAGAUCAAGCAGAUUGCGUGCUUUUACUUUAAAGAAAAAUGGUACAGUUUUUAAAAUAACUUUUUUUUGUUUGUGUGCAUUGCAGGUUAUGCAGGAUAAGAUCAUAUGCCUUCCAAAAAGGGUGCAGCCUCCGCAGACCAACUCUCACCUUCCCAAUGCGUCAAAUCUAGACUCAGACGCCACUCCAUUUCUUCCACCCAAGCCAUCCACACCUCCUGCUACUGUUGAAAUGAAGGGCCUCAAGACUGACUUGGACCUCCAGCAGUACAGCUUCAUCAACCAAAUGUGCUACGAGCGUGCCCUGCACUGGUACGCAAAAUACUUCCCUUACCUUGUCCUCAUCCACACUCUGGUGUUCAUGCUGUGUAGCAACUUCUGGUUCAAAUUCCCCGGGUCGAGUUCCAAAAUCGAACAUUUCAUCUCCAUCCUGGGGAAGUGCUUUGACUCUCCUUGGACCACGAGGGCUUUGUCGGAGGUCUCUGGAGAAGACUCAGAAGAGAAGGACAACAGGAAGAACAACAUCAGCAGGUCAAACACAGUCCAACCUAGCGCAGAGGGGACUUUGGUCCAGGCUCAGUCUCUGAGAUCCAUACCUGAGAAGUUCAUUGUGGAUAAAGGGACCCCGGGAGCUCUGGAUAAAAAGGAAGGAGAACAGGCCAAAGCAUUGUUUGAGAAAGUGAAGAAGUUCCGGCUUCAUGUUGAAGAAGGGGACCUGCUCUACGCGAUGUACGUUCGUCAAACGGUGCUGAAGGUGAUUAAAUUUCUUAUCAUCAUUGCCUACAACAGCGCCCUUGUUUCAAAGGUUCAGUUCACUGUAGACUGCGAUGUUGACAUCCAGGACAUGACCGGUUAUAAGAACUUUUCUUGCAACCAUACGAUGGCGCAUCUCUUUUCUAAGCUUUCCUUCUGCUAUUUGUGCUUUGUAAGCAUCUAUGGAUUUACAUGCCUCUACACUUUGUAUUGGCUAUUUUACCGCUCGCUCAAAGAAUACUCUUUUGAGUAUGUCCGGCAAGAGACUGGCAUCGACGACAUCCCAGAUGUCCGCAAUGACUUUGCGUUUAUGCUGCACAUGAUAGACCAAUAUGACCCACUUUAUUCCAAGAGGUUUGCUGUGUUCCUUUCCGAGGUCAGCGAAAACAAACUGAAACAGCUUAAUUUGAACAAUGAGUGGACUGCGGAGAAGCUGAGGCAAAGACUGCAGAUGAAUGCCCACAACCGUUUGGAACUACAGCUCUUUAUGCUGUCCGGACUUCCCGACACUGUUUUUGAAAUAACAGAGGUUCAAGCACUGAAAUUCGAAAUAAUUAACAACGUCAUGAUACCAGCCACCAUUGUGCAGUUGGAUAAUCUCCAGGAGCUCUCAUUGUACCAAUGUUCAGCAAAGAUCCACAGUGCAGCCCUGGCGUUCCUGAAAGAAAAUCUGAAAGUCUUGAAUGUCAAAUUUGAUGACUUCCGAGAGCUGCCACCUUGGAUGUAUGGGCUCAGAAAUUUGGAAGAGUUGAACUUGAUUGGUUCUUUGUGCCAUGACAUUUCUAAAAAUAUAACUUUGGAGUCCUUUCGGGAACUCAAGAACCUGAAAGUUCUGUACAUUAAAAGCAACCUGUCCAAAAUCCCACAGUCCGUGGUUGAUGUUUCGAGUCACCUUCUGAAAAUGUGCAUCCACAAUGAUGGCACUAAGCUGGUGAUGCUCAACAACUUGAAGAAAAUGGCCAACUUGACGGAACUAGAGUUGGUGCACUGCGACUUGGAGCGCAUUCCUCACGCUGUGUUCAGUCUUGCCAGCCUCCAGGAAUUAGACCUGAAGGAAAACAACCUCAAAUCAAUAGAGGAAAUUGUUAGCUUUCAGCACCUUAGGAAACUCAUCGUCCUCAAGCUGUGGCACAACAGUAUAACCUACAUCCCUGAGCACAUAAAGAAGCUCUCCAGUCUGGAACGGCUUUCUUUCAGCCACAACAAGAUAGAGGUCCUCCCAUCCCACCUCUUCCUCUGCAACAAAAUUAGAUACUUAGACUUGUCUUACAAUGACAUCCGGUUCAUUCCCCCGGAAAUUGGGGUGCUGCAAAGUUUACAGUAUUUCUCAAUCACUUGCAACAAAGUGGAGAGUGUGCCGGACGAGCUCUACUUCUGCAAAAAACUCAAGACGCUGAAGAUUGGGAAGAACAACUUGUCCGUUCUCUCGCCUAAAAUUGGGAAUCUGGUAUUGCUGACCUACUUGGACAUCAAAGGAAAUCACCUGGAAUUUCUCCCCCAUGAACUCGGUGAAUGCAGAGCACUGAAAAGGAGCGGCCUGGUGGUCGAAGACACCUUGUUUGAAACCUUGCCCUUAGAUGUCAGGGAGCAGAUGAAGGCAGAAUAA